ACACACACACACACACACACACACACAGUAGUGGACAGAGACUUCGUUACAGCCUGUACUUGAUGAGUGUGUGUUUUUCCAGGCAGUUCAAGGUCAGUAGAUAAUGGAUGUUCUGACUAAAUUAACAUGUAAUCCCUUUGGAUUGAUUUAUUAGUUAAAUUUCUCGCUUCCAAAAGUAGUUCUGUCAAUUUCUGUCAGAUGUUAUGAUGCCUAAUGUCCAAAUAUAAUCUAACUGCCUGUGUAAUUGAUGUUUAUCAAUCAGUUUUGUGAAAUUAACCUUUAAUGGAUGCAGGAAAAGAAUCAAGUUGACAGGGCCUCGGCAUGGCUAUGAAAUAUCUGUCAUUAGAGGAGUGUAUUCAAGUUUUAAUUCGUGUUUAUUAUCAUUUUAAGUCACAUCUGAUCUCAUAAUUGCAAUAGUUAACAAUGUCAUGUUCAAAAUUCCAUUAUUUUGUAGCUAAAACAACAAUAUUAUACAGUUCUUACUUGUGUCUUGAUUUGUGAAUAAAAUGAAAAGUGCUUAAUGAACUUAAUUUUUAGUUGCGCUGAUCAGCCUUGAAAAUCAAUGGUUUUAUCCCAUGUAAUGUGUCACUGUGUGUGACUUCUAAUGCCACAUCUGAGAACCUCACAACCUCCCCACAGAAAGUCUUGAAUUUUUCUCUCUGCCUUCUAUGAUGUGUUCUUUUACAAGCGUAAAAGUCACAGGUGUGAAAGGACAAAAUGGUGGUGUGAAAGACAAAGGAUGCAGUAAGUGCUGGAGUGCUAGACACAGAAAGGUUGGUCAAGCUCUGACAACAAUAUCCCUGCGGUUAGGAUGUGUUGUUGAGGGACAACCAAGAGGGAUUUCGAAGAGAAAAACAGACACUGUCAACCAUUGUAACAGACAAACAGAGUGUGCACUCUGACCUCAGCACUGGACCAGAGUCUUCCUCAGUGUUGACUGGCCUGCUGUCAGUUUCCACCCAUUAAGCAGCAGGUGCUUUUGUUUUCUAAAGUUAAAUUUGUUUUUGUCAUCACGUUUGACUUGUCAACUGAGCCAUCUUCCAGUUUAUUUAAGUGUAAUUUGUCAUUCAAAAACAUGGUGGUGGUGCUACUUUUCUUUAUGAUGGCAGCAAAAGAGCAGGAAAAGGCUGCUUCAGAUGAACUACCAUGUGCAGCAAGGGACAAAACAGAAGAAAAAAAAAAGAUUUUGGACCUUGAUCAUCUUGUAUAAAUGCAGUGAGACUCCAAUAAAUUCAAACCACAUGACUUAUAAAAUUACAGGACACCUUUUUUCAUGAAAAGCAAGAUAAUUCAGACCAGUUAAAUGCAGACACAGUGCAAAAAAUGCUUUAUUUUAGAGAUGAAAAAAAAAAAAAAAAACACAUUAAAGGAAUAUACUGGCGUAAAAUUAAUUUAGGGUCAAACACACAGUAACACUGAGUUAGACGCCCCCUCGAGAGAUGAAUGUUGCCGACCACUUGCUUCUCUAGUUAUACCAACUUUAGUAACGACCACACGAUAGCAAUACACCGCGGUCUGAGGAGCCAUAAACAAACCUCAACCAAAACGCCACUCUAUAGCCAUAAAUAAUGCUCAGAACAGCACUUAACUUCAUCAACAGUACAUAUAGGGUCCCAGCCACAGCACUAGCGACCAAACAUCUUUUUAACUUUGCCUGAUUUCUUUAGCAGAGAGACUAAACACAACUCACCUACUCUUGUCCAGCAGCCUUUUGUUUGUAGUGAGACCUCGGGCCAGUCCAUUAUGGACUGCUGCGGGGUGACGCAGCUCAAGGAAGAACAAUUAAACGGGUGCUGUACUGAGCAUUAUUUGUGGCUAUAGAGUGGCGUUUUGGUUGAGGUUUGUUUAUGGCUCCUCAGACCGCUGUGUAUUGCUGUCCGCGGACAUUACUAGAGUUGGUUUAACUGGAGAAGCAAGCGAUCAGCAACAUUCAUCUCUCAAGGGGGUGUCUAACUCGGUGUUACUGUGUGUUUGACCCUAAAUCAAUUUUACGCUGGUAUAUCCCUUUAAUAUUGAGUUUUGCUUUCAGCACAAAACAUUUUUGUCUUAUCAAAGGUUUUUAUUUGGUUGUUUUAGAAACUUCUGUAUAUUCAGUAAAACAUGUUUUAUGUUCAUUAGUUAUAUUUUCUGUUGACCUUUAGGACCACGAAAGCUUUUUCCCAACUGCAUUUCUAUGGAGAACGGCGGCAAUUUAACACAAAUAUCACACACACACACACACACACACACACACACACACACACACACACACACACACACACACACACACACACACACAGAUUGACACUAUGUCGGUGCUUUUUAGACUUCCAGGCUACUUCCAGCUGUCUGAACCAGUUUCCAGUGAAAGAAACAGGAAGAGUGAUUGUGUGUUCGUAUGUGUCUCAUUGUGUGUUCGAAUGUGUCUCUGUGUGUGUGUGUGAGAGCAGGCAGUUGUUGUGCUGUGCUGGGCGGACGGACCUCCCUCUCCGAUUCCGGGAGGCUGUCCCGUCCACCCGGAUGAAGCAGACAGGCAGGCAGGGAGGAGGGCGGAGCUGUGCUGGCUGUCACACGGAUAUGUUUCAUUUCUCACACGGCCCCCUUCAGGAACACACCAAGACACACACAAACACACACACACACACGGCGUCUAAAUCUGACUGGAUCCGCGUUGAACAGAGCCCUCAGAGAGCCGGAGGAGCAGCAGGAUGCCGGUGAAAGGCGGAGGACGGCUGGUGUCUUACCCGAGCAGGAGCGACCAUGUGGGAGUAAGUGAAGCCGAGAUGUGACGGUUCAGUUUCGGGUUUACCUCCUGCCUUUAUGUCUUAGUGCUGUCUGUACUCUGUGCCACGAUUUGCCGUCCAAGUUCAGUCAGUGUGUGUCUGUAUGUGUGCGUCACCCCUGAGAGGCUCCAUCGCGCUGUGAGGUGCGUGUCUGUCAGCCUAUAGCAGCCUGUCAGUACACCUGUUGUGCCUGAGCACGGCCAAUCAGGGACCAUGUUACUAACCUGCUCAGCUGAUAUCGACUCUCUGGAGUUUCGGGUUUGUUUUCAGACAGAAAAACUGAGAAGUUGAGUUUAAAUCCGGAGUUAGAAGUCCUUUGAGUGUGUCUGUAAUCCGUCCAGAUUAACAUGUUGGAUUUGAUGGCGGUUCUCCGGAGAUUAGAACAAGUAGAACAGAAGGGACAAGAGUGUGUGAGGAAAGUGAUUUAAUCUGCUGCAGCCCUACACAGUGACUUUUUAGGAAGUGUUAACCUUAAAAAGUGCAUAAUGACAUGAGAGUUUCCUUUUUCAGAGCUGUAGAGCUGUGAAUUUCCAUUUUUAGCCAUUUUUAAACUAAGUAAUUUGUUUGUUGGAUGAUUUGACACAUUAACUCACUUUCUUGGAGCUCACACUGAUUCUUUUUAAAUCUGUCUGCAUUAAAUAGCAUUUGUCUAAAGUAGGGCUGGGAGAUAUGGGAAAAAGUUUAUUACAAAAUUUUCUUUAAGACUCCAAAAACAGGCAACUGGACUGUGUAGAGUUGAGAAAACUCUCUUUAAGAAAACCAUGACCUGGAUGAAUGAGAAUCAACAUGGAUUUAUCACAAUUUAUUUUUUUCAUAUCAGUCAAUAUUGAUAUACAUCACAAUAUAAAAAGCGCAAAGCGGACCUGGAGCAACUCCCCUUUUCAUUGGGUAUUUGUAUCGUCUUCCAAAACAUGCCAGAAUGCCGACUAUUGAAAAGGAUAUUGAACAUGUUUUAUAUUGAUGUUGAGGGAAAUUAAUUUUCAAUAUAUAUGGUUAUGGUUUUAUUGCCCAGCCCUAGUCUAAAGUAGUAACUGACUGUAACCUACUUUAAAUUUAGCUCAUGAAAACUCAUGAUACGAUACAAUACAAUACAUUACAAUAUAACAUGAUAGGAAACAAACAAACAAAAAAUGCAAUAUCUAAAAUAAGAGAGAACCCAGUUAGGCAUAUCUGAUGCCAAAUUAUGAGGCGCCAGUGCUAUAGCUGCAGAAUAACAGAAAAUUAUCAUAUUUUUACUCCAUCUGUAAGAUUAUUUCAUAUACAAGUCCCUGCUUCACUUCAGACACAUGUUGGUCAUGUAAUGGCUGUGUGAGUUGCUGCUAAAGGGCCUCCUUUUUCACAAGUUUAAACCCAAAGAAGGCCAUUUACUCCCCAUUCUUGAGUCAUGGACUUAGAAACGUGGUGAGUAUCCUUACAGGACAGAGUAAAGAGGUGUGUGAUCUACUUGAGAGUGUUUUGCAGAGAACAGGGAUGUGUGCUGAAGGCAGCAAGGAAAGUUUGGGAUUUAGCACUGAAUAAGAGUACAAUUGAAUAGCUUGACAACAAUGGUUUUAAGUUAAAGAUCUUGAGACCUUGACUCACUACAAUUAUGUACAAUUGCAUAUGGUGAUUUGUUUUGUGGUACAUAUGGUACGUAUCAUGAUAUGUAUCAUGUCAGGACAUGUAUCAUACUGUAAUGUGUCCUCUGAAUCCUGAUACGUAGUGUAUAAUGAGGCUGUGGGAAAUUCCCAGCUCUGGUUGGACGUGCAGCCAGUACAGUUCCAGUCUAAAGCUGGUGCAAGUCCAAGUGCACAUCAUUUCACAGCAGUUUUUUUAAAUGGAUUUUUUUUAUUUAUUGUGUAGUCCUGCAUGAUCUCCAAACUAAUAACUGCACUAAGUCUCUGUGUAUCAUUGGGAUUAUCCGAAAAAGGGGCAUUUAGGUAUUUUGUAAACACAUAGUUUGACCUCAUGUUGUUUUGACAUCUGUGGAGAGAGGAUGAUCACACAAUAACAACUCAGCUCAUAGGUCAAGGUUGGCUCUUCCUCUGUGAGGGUGUGUGUGUGUAAGUGUGUGAAUGAGUGAGUAAGUGUGUGAGUGUGUGUUUGUUUGUGUGUGUGUGUGUUACCCCCUUAAGGCUCCUUGCAGUCUGGCUGGUUGGGCCCAGUUGGAGUGAGGCUGUCAGAUUAAUGGUCAUCCUUAAUGGGAGAGCUGGGGGCGGUGAAUGUGUGUGUGUGUGCGUGUGUGCCUAUCUGGGUGAUCACAGUAAUGACCCUCUGACUGGUAGGUGUACAUUCUGAUCCGUCUUUAGUCCCUUAAACCUCCAUAGUCUGAUCAUUCGUCUUGAACUGAGCUCUCUUGUUGUGUUUAAACUUGGAGGAUUCCUGAAUAAAUAAAAAGAAAAGAUUUCAGCUCCAAACACAGUAAACGGCAAUAAAUGUGUUAAAAUGUCAAAGCUCUGACGUGCCAACUGAAGUAGAGCUUAAAUGCGUCAGUGCAGCUGAUGUGAGAUCAGUGGAAGCAGAUGAAGUGUUUGUCUGUUGGUGUGUGAAUGUGUGUGUGACAGAAUCAGCUGAGGUGUUGCUCAGUGAAGCUAAAAACAGUGGAGCUGUCAGCUGAGGUGUAAAAAGUGGAAACAGCUUCCAGGAGCAGAGAAAGUAAAUAUGUUUUUUCUUACAUAUUUUUGUGGAUGUUUUUCUCCACUGUUGAUCUCUGAAGGAGACGACAGAGUUUACUGAAUGAAGGAACGAUGAGUAAAUAAGUACCCGUCUGGAUCAAUGAGCUGCAGUCAGAAAUCAGCUUUGCUUUUUAGUCCCUCAGACACACUCACACUUUUGCCCUGAACUAUUGCAGAUCUAAACCGGAGGGCCUACUUGUCAGGUUCCUUGGGUCUGUGUAAUGUCUGAUUGUGCCGAUGAGUGAACGGAGCUGGUGAUAGUCCAGAGCAUGCACAGUAAAGAGUUUAUCAAGUUAGGAGGGUUCAGCUGCAGCAUAUAAGCCAGAGUAGAGGCUGUGAUUGACUAUAUACCUUAUCAAAGCAUUCACUAACCAAAUACAGCAGGUAUGGUCUGAUUUGAUAUCACAGCAGAUGUAGGGCAGCGCUUCACUAAAGUAAAUAAAUGUGCAUUAGCCAGUCUGUUGAACCUUCAGUAUGUUUAUUCAGGUCUAGUAAUAAAAUAAAGAUACAAUGAUAAUCCUGAUACUAGUUUUUCAGUGGAUGAAGUCUUUGCUGAUAGUAAGAGGGCAGGUUGGCCAACAGCUGAUAUGCUGAAACUAUAUCUUAACUUUUCUUGCCUUUGGUUUAGCACUUAAGUUUAAAGAUCUUUACAACAACUCAGAAAGAAAAUAAUUGGACUUGAAUAAACAUAUUUUGUGUGGAACCAGUAAAUCAUAGUCACAUAGGACUCCUGUACUUCUGUCCAGCCAUCUGUAUUUAUUAAAAUGGAGCAAAUACAAGGGAAAUAAUCCGUAAAUGUGUCCUUUUUUCUGAGGAGAAGGUUCAGAAAAAACUGUUGGAUACUGUAGGUAAUGAAUCAAAGAAACUAAAGUGUUGAUUUGAGUCAAAUAAAGGAACACUUAAUUCAGGCAUAACCAACUUUAUAACACCGUUGUACUCAAGCAGAACACUUAGGAUAGAUGAGGUAGAAAUUAAGAGCAACUGAAAUAAAGUUUCUCGCUGCAGCAAAAAUGGAUAAUAAAUUAGGCAGUGAAAUAUACCAAAGUAAAAACAUCAAUUUAAUUAACCAAUGUAUUAUUCCAUAAUUCAAUGCACAAUGCAGUUGAACAUUGUUUGUCUGAGCCAGUGACAUGUUUCAGAUGUUUUUUUUUUUUUUAAUGAAUUAAUGGCAUCAAAAAUACUUGUGUUAGAUUAUUGAAAGAUAUAUUUAUUCAAACUGCAUUAUUCUAUAUCAUGACAGAGUUUAUAGCUAUAGCCGCUAACUUGGAUCAUGUAGGAUGGGAAAAUGUGUUAUUAUUCAGAACAGACGAUAGUGACGUAAAACAUUUAUGCAAACAUUACAGUAAUUACAAUACAAAUGCACAGGGCUCAAAACUUCCCUUUUCACCAAUUUCCUAACAUAGCUUGACAGCAGCAGCACAGAGGAAGCAGCAGACUAUACAUUUGUUUUCUUUAAAAUCAGCCCUGUAAGCAAAGCUGUCAGCUCAUGGCGAUUAUUUCAAAGUGGCAUCAAUCAGCUGACAGAUGAAUCUGUUUACAUCUAGAGACAGACAUGAAGGCAAAAACACACUAAAUGAAAGAAAAUGUUUGUACACUGCAUUUGACUUGAUUUAUGUCCAAAAUAAUUGAUAAAGUACAAAAAUAAUGUAGUACUGCAGCCCAAGUUUAAUGCUGCAACAUGACAUGAAUGGAUUGUUGAACUAACUUCAGAACUACAGGUGUAACCCACUCCACAGAGAGACUGUGGGUCCUGAGAACGAAACAGCAGCAGUGAACAGAGUGUCGUCAUGUUGCUGUCAUUUCUCCCAUGAUGCACUUGGAUUCCAUCACCUCCUCUCCUGUUUUUUACAAUAGCAGAGCUCUGAGGUCAGCUUGAGUGAUGUUUUCACGCUGACACAGAGGCACACAGUGAACAGAGAGGACACACACACGCACACACAGAGUGGUACAGACACACACUGGUGCACUGUAUGACAGAAUACAGGACACACUCACACACAAUGUGACUUAACACUAACACUGACAAAGGACAGAUGUGGAGCUAACACCGCAGCUAAUCUUUCUCCAAACACUGAUGCGUUUAUUGUUUUUUCAAUUUAAAGGCUCAUUACACUGAUUUUUCACACACAGUAAACAUGUCAUGUGUCUUGCUGCUGUUGAACCGCUGUGAAUAACUAUACUGUCUUCUCUGUGACACUGUUUGAACCAUACACAUCUAAGUGUGUGUUGGACAAAUAGAUCCAGACUGUUUUAUCAGACAGCCCCUUCAGUCUGUGCAGUUAGACCUCUCCUUAUAGAUUCAACAGAUCAGUUUUUAAUAUAAGUUGUAAAAAGUCAAAGCAAAAUUAGAGGAUCUCUUCCUCUAAAAGUGUUUCUCCAACAUCAGGAGAUAAAAUCAGGCCUUUUAAAUGAUUUUUUUAAUCUUGGUGAAUUUUUGCCGUUGAAUUUCAUAGUUAAUCAUAUUUUUUUAUGGCAUGUUUAUAACUCCAUUAUUUGGAAUUUAAAAAUUAGUUUGUAUGAAUGAUGAAAAGCAAUUCUUGUAUGCAUACUUUCGAUUACUCACUCAUUUCCAAGAGUCCUUGGUUGAUGCGAUUGUAUUUGUACCUUCCAGUUUGGUUGCUGUUUUGUCCUGGUCUCUUAUGUAUUAAACCAGUGUUCCCAGUAUGAUCAGACAUGAUUAGUCACAACAUGCCAACCUGGGGACGUCCCUAGACUCCAAUGUUGACAGGCCUACAGUCAGUUUCCACCCAUUUAGCAACACUGGUGUUAACCUCUCAUAUUAGUUUUAUCCACAGGUUGUGGGGAUUCUCAUUAGUAAACAGUGCCGUGUUUGGUUUUGUGUUAUGGUUGGUUGAUUAACUGCUGACGCCAAGAAUCUUCAUGGAAAAUAUUGAAAUCAAAACUGAAUAAUUCAUUUCCUGAUCAUUACAAACACGACUCCUGUCUUUCUACCAAACACCAGGAGAUAAUCAGUGAAGACCUGAACUAUCACAGUGUCUGUAGUGGUGUCAGUAUGACAAAAAUGAAAGAUCUCCAUCUUUUAUUAGAAGUUUUCAUUAUCUGGAAUUGUUUUCUCUGUGGUGAUUUAACAGUCAUUUAAAAACUCUCUUAGAAAGCAGCAUAAAUUUGUCUUUAAACAGGAAGAAAGUGUUUUUAUUUCUUGAUCACUUUUCUUCACUGAAGUCUUAAAACCAGUUUUCCAUCAGGUGAUAAUGAAGUUAUCUUGGUUUGAAGCCGUUGCACCCCCUUGCUGUAAUUUGCAUUUUGUCUGAACUGUACACCCCAGGGUGCUGCAUGUGUAAGUGUUAGGACUUGAAGUAGAGCUUUAAUCUGAGAGAGAUGUGUUACAUGUGUGUGCUUGAAUGUGUCCACAGAGUUCGUGUUUGUUGCUGUUGUAUUUAAUUUGUGAUGAUAGACAAGUUUGUGGCUGUGCACCAGAUUUUCACCCCCUUCUUCUCCACCCUGUUUCAGAGCACAAAGACUCAUUAUAAUUAGCCUUCCCACAUCAGGGAUAAUCAUCAAAGAUUGAGUCUGUUUGUGUCUGAAGAAUGGGCUCUUGUUCUUCAGUUUCAGCGUAAAUGUUUUAGGCCGGUUGGUGUUUACAGCAGGGAGUCCUGCUGCCCUGAACAUGUCUCCACAUCGCUUAUCGUCUGAACUCAAAGCCCUGAAAAGUUUCCAAAGAUCUUCGCAACAUUUUUUAUUUAAUAGUUUAAAAAAAGAAACCUUCAGGGUCCCUAAAUCCGCCCACUCAUGCACACUUGUGCAGCUGGUUGAUUUUCUAGAAAGAAAGAGUGUUUUCUAGUCAACUGGAAAAAAGAUUUUUACAGCCAGGAUUCAGUGCAAGAGUUGAAUACAUCUCCUGUGACCACAUUUUAACUUUUUUUUAUUUAAUUAUGGAAGCUUUUAAAGCUCAUUAAUAUAUAAAACAACAAAAUAAAAGCCACCUCAUCUGUUUAAUUCUCUUUUAGAUCUAAAUACUGAUCCGUUUUUGCUGCUUUCUCACGCCUAGUUUUGCUGAAGAUCUUGACUUCAACUUUGUUGAUCUGUUCUCAGUUUGGUUAUUUAAAGCACAGCUGUUUUUUUAAGUGACAUCAGGGCAGUCAACAUUAACAGUUUGCACCAGAGACAUAAAUAAUGUGCAAAUGGGAUCAGAUAAGUGCUGAGCAGUGAUUUUUUAUUUAUAAGGCAAAACCUGGUUUGAGUGCAGGGGGGUAUGACUUUAUUUUGACCUUUCAAGCUUUCUGUUUAAGAGUCAAGCCUGAAUGAACAACAACUCUGAUUUUAAAAAAGUUCCAGUGCUGUGUAAUAUGAAAAGCAGAAACAGAUUUAGAUGGUUUGUAAAACAUGUAUAGUCUAUAUUUGAUAGAAAAUGGUACAAAGAGAACAAAUCAAAUGUUGAUCAAAUGCAGCUGUUGCUCUGAUACCCACUACCUGAAAAUUUUGGCUGAUCUAGCAUGCACUAAAUUACAAACUAUAAAUUAAAAACAUACCAUAAACUCAAAAGGAUGUCAUACUUAGCGUGGAUGCGGUGAUGCGGCAGAUGCGGUGAUGAACUGUGUUUAUAGACAGCAGUUUUUCAGAAUUGAUCUUGAACACAUGCAGUGAUUUCCACUAUAGAGUCAGUCUGUUUUUAAUGCUGAAGGUCACCACCACUUAAUAUUGAUUUUGCACAUUGUCCCUUUUUUUUGCAUCAUGGUCAAACAAGUAAGAUGUUAACAAACUUGAACAGCAGCCACUUCAUGAUUUGAACAUCCUGAAGAGCUGGCUUGAGUGGGAAGGAGCCACCCUUCCCGCAGGGCAGACUAAAAAAUUAAGUCAAAUGUAAAUGAUAAUAAAUAAAGAAAAAGAUAAUAAACAUUUAUACCAUUUUUAUAUUUUUAUCAUUUAAAGCUCCAGCGAGGAGUUUUCAGUUUGUGUCAAUUUUAGCGCCCCCUGUGGACAAAGCAGUAAACUCUGAUCUUGUCCUCUACAUGUAUAGGGAGUGUCCUGUGACCUAAUAUAAAAUCAUCCUGCUGACUUUGGACUGUUGAAUGUGUCAUUUAAUGUGAGUAUUUUAUGUAAAAACAGAGCUGUUUCUUAUUCUGCACAGCUGAUAUCCACCCCCUCACAUUAGUUUCAAGCAUUAAUAUUUGUUGUUUUAGACUCAAUGUUGCUGAUGCUUUUGUUUGCUUUUUUGUAUCAUAUAAAGGCAUCAGCUUUAAGAGGCUUUAAGUGUUUGAAUGUAUCCUCCUACCAGGCCGCGUUUACACUUGGUAGUCAAGUUGUUGGUUUGUACCGUUUAUACCUUCAUAUCAUACCAAGAUACUGUAGAUAUAAAUAUACAGUUUCAUAAGUGUUCUUCUUUGUAUUGGUCAUUAUGUGAGUAAAUUAGCGUUUAAUUAAAAACCAAGGUUAUGGGAAUGAUUUCAAUCCUGACUGUGAAAUACUGUCAUUCUGAUAAAGCUUCUAGGCAGCAGAGCCAGUUGUGUUAAAAUGAUUUGUGUCCACAGUAACACACUCACCAAUGCACUCACACUCUUGAGCCUGUUAUGAUGGGUCUUUAUGGGACGUGUUGGCAUGCUCGUCCGCAGCUGAUGAGCUGGCAGUCUCUGAGCUGGCUCUGGGGGGUGAUAUGAUGGGGUGUCAUGCAACUUUCUGGCGUGCCACUUAGCAGAACACAGCUACCUCAGCUCUUCCGCCUCACUGCCGGUCACAACGCAUGCAUGCACGCAUACACACAGAUUUAAACACACAGGCUCAGACACACACACACACACUGCUGCGCUGUCGUCACUGUCAGGCUGAAGUGCUGGACCGUAAUUUGUGCAGAUAACAACAACGCGUCCUUUCUUCUGUGUGCAAGUACCCGCCCCCUCCUGCUCAGAUCACUUCACAUUCUUAAAAUAACUCUUUGAGUGGACGAGUGGAGGACUGAGAGGACGGUUACUCCACGUCUCACACACUCAGGGUUCAUUCAAAAGAUUCAGAGGUUUAUUGUCAUAUGCAGAGAAAAAGCCGCAUCCAACUUUAAAGAUGUUUUUACAACCUGAGUAGUGCUCAAUCCACUUUGGUCUAACCUUCAAAUCCUUCAGCUUCUUAAAUGAAAUACAUUUGACGUGAUCCAAAACAUCAACAUAAAAGUGGUGUGGAAAUAUCUGAAUGUAUGUCCCAGAGAAAUUUAAAAGAGAGGAACCGACCAACUGGUUUGGGAUAGUUUAGAGACUGCUGUGCUCUGUGAUCUUAAAUAACAGAUUUAAAACAGCUGUUUGUGGUUAAAAAUUCUCCUAUCUCUGUUGUAUCCUUGCUGUAAUGUUGUAUAUUACACCACUUCAGCACCAGGCACCUUCUCUUCUCUGGUGGCGUCUGAGUUUUGUCUCCUGGUGCUGUUUGUUCACUGGUUUUAAACUUCAGCUAUGACGGCUUAUCUUGCUGUGAAGUAUGAGCGCUGCCUGUGUUCUCAGUGAGCAUGUGCAGGAGUCAUUUCUUCCAGGUUCGAUCAUACUCAGUGGACGUGUUCACACUCUCAAGGCGUGUUCUGAUUGUUUUUCACAGAAUAAGGGAGUCACUCAAUAACGCAGUUUCAUACAUUGUUUAAACUGUAACCAUAGUCACUGUCACACUCCUAGUCACAUCCCUGUUAAUAUCUAAUCAGUUGAAGUCUCUCCUUUCAACUCUUUUUUUUUUUAAUUUUCUGAAUCUGUCUGAAUUCAGAUGUAUCUUGAAUAGGGAUGGAAUCAAGAACCUGUUCCAACUAGUUUAAGCCAUCACCAUAAUUUGCCGUUAUGCUUAUUAGCUCCCUGAAUAAUUCCUCCUGCUUUUUACUGCGGGCCUUUCAAAACAACAACACGAUCCAUUGUUAUAGGCAGUCAGUGUCUUUAUUUGCGUAUGAACCCGUUGGUGCUGAACGCGCUCAUUCUGGCGUCUGUGAGCGGCGUUCUAAACUCCGUUCACAAGUGUGCCAGAUGUCCAGAGCCUUCCAGGCGAAUCCCCAGCUAAAACACACCAUAAACAGGCCUUAAUAUUUAGCGGAAAGCCACCCAAUUUGGCAACCACAAGCAGCCUUUCUGUCGCUCCAGUAAAUAUGUCAGUCGUCACGACUUAAUUAUACAUGAUGAACGAGGGGGGUAGCACUAGCUGCCCGGAGCACACAGACUCUUACGAGCAUUUAAAAGAGUUUUAUGUAAAAGUCAGCGCCGACACAGACAGUAAAAAUCUAACCCUUCUGUGUAAACUUUGUCAGCCUGGUUUGAGAAAGCAAGUUUGGACAUCAACAACGUCUUUAGCAAAACCUUAAACGGACAUCAUAUCAUAUCAUAUCAUAUCAUAUCACAAUAUCAUAUCAUCAUUGUUAAUGUUUAAUUGUUAUCGUUAUUUCUGAUAUUUGUUCUGGUACCUUGUUAGUAUGACUGAGAUGGAAGUUGAUGUGAAUUGUUUCCAGGUAGGUUUGGAAAAAUAUAGAAAUGAAAAAAAAAAAUUUAAGGGCUACAGUCUUGUUGUUGUAAUCAUAAUAAAGAGUCUAAAAAACAUUCAAGCAGCAGGUUUUCCUCAUGUUUAUGAAAAUAUACUCUAGAGAUGAAAAUUCUUACUAGUUAGAACUGAAAAAAACACCAGUAAUCUGAGGGCUGUCCUCUAAAUGUAAUUCUUAACCUGGUUGGAUUAGGAUUCAAAAAUGGAUAUGAAGAUUAAUCUGACGUAGUUUCAGUGUUAAAACGGCUGAAAUAAUUGCUGUCUGUGGUUCUAUAUGGGCUUCGUAAAAAUCUUAACAAAUAAUAGCUUGCAGCAAAGUAUAAGAGAGAAAAAAGAACUAAAUUAGUUUAUUUUUGGGAACCAUGAACUUAAGUUCAAAAUGUGGAAUUAUGAACGAUGAACUGACCUAGUUCUAGUUCAUUUUAAAAUGUGUGAACUGAACUUUGAACUAGUUCAGGUUGAAAGUGAACUUUCCCAACACUGCCAAAGAGUCAUGGAAGUGACCAUGGCAGGCAGGAGACAAGAGCAACCCAAACUGCUGGUAUUUACAACAUAUUAUUGUUGUGUAUGCGGCAUAAGCUCUGAACUUGAAAUCACGCAACAAACCAACUUGCUUCAAAAUCCACUUGCUUCGAGCGACUGACGGCUUUUAGGAGAAUGUCAGUAUUUUUCUGUAAAGGUCCAAUCAAAAUCUAGACUUCAGGGGUCUAUAGCUGGAGUAGCAGUAAUGAAAAAACUUGUCAUAAAAUGUGUGAAAAAUUCAAAGAGGGAUCUGAUAGAGAAUUGGAUUGAUGAUCAGAAUUGAUAACAUUGGUAUCAAUAAAUCUUAUCUCAGAUCCUCGAGAGCAGCUCUGCACCGGCUCUGCCCCUCCCUGAUGUUAGCUUGGGUUUUAGCAGAGCUCCACACCCUCAGUCUCUGAACCUUCUCCCAAGGCAGGCGAAGGGCAGAUCCAAUAAACACACACACAUAUACACACACGCAGGCACAGAGAGAGAUAUAAACACACACUGAGGAAUUUUAUCAGUCAACCACUCCCUGCAGCUGCCCUCUCUGUGUGGCACGGAUCCUAGUGGUCAGGGAAUAUUUAGAAUAUCUGGAAACUUUAAGGAGUGAUUCACACAAACUCCUGAAUUGGUUCUCAUGCUGGGAAACUGAGGGAGCAGAUUUAUUUAAAUGAUACCACAGAUAAUUCACCUCCCAGUGAAUUGCUGUGAGUCACAGGGUCAUUUUGAGAGUUGAGAUCUGAGUUUAAGAGUAAGUUUGCCUGUAAUGAGAUUUUAAGUUUGCAGACUGUCACAGUGUUUGUCCUGCAGCUCUGUCUACCCAGGACACAGAUUAAAUCAAGAAAGGCGCUCAGAUUUAACAGCCCUGAGAACUAAUAAAUAAAAUCACUGCUUUGCAUUUUAUCAAACAGAACCUGCAUUGACUGUCGCUGUAAUGUCCUGUGUUUAAAUAUCAUAAAGUAUAUCUCCCGUUAAAGCUGUGUUGUAUUUGUUUACACAGUUAUUGCUUUAUUACAGUUUCACAUGCGACGAAGGGGAAGCAGAGCAUCAAUUAGUGCAGUAGCACAAACUAGAGAGAAGGAACUUAUUGUUUUGGUUCCACUGCCCAGAGUGGAACUGUAAAACUUGAUCCCCAUUAAAUAGUGGAGACUGGGUCCUUUUUGUUUCAAUGUUAUCCUCAUGACUGUAACAUCUGAACUGUUUAAUUUUGUCCACUGAAACACACAGAUGUUAUUUUUGGAUUUGUGGGAGGUUGUCUUUGGAUUUAAUGUUGUCCAACGUAAACAAACUUUUCUGGACGCUCAUCCAGAUUCCUCUGGUGGUUAUAGUCUGCUGCUGAUGGUCUGAAUUGAAUAAUUGAACAUAUUGAAGGCCCUAACAGAGGAAUAAUACUUUACAACUUCUUCUAGUUGUUUGAAAGCCUCGGUCAGGGUGUCAGACUAAGACUGAGCACACUCUAAAUCAGUAGGUCUCAAACUUUUCUCUCUCACACCCCCCUUGAGAGGAUGGAAAAGUUCUGUGCCUUCUUUUUAUCAGUGUUUUUCAAAUCUAGACGUCACUUGGUGUGGGGCCAGCCUUACAUAUAAUACUUCUUGUCUCGGUAACUGAUGUCCUAUUUUGUACAUAUAAUACUGGUGGUAGACUCACUGGACCUAAUUGCUAAUUUUCAGACAUUGCCACAACCCAACAUCAGAUCAUGCUGUCCUUAGGUCAGUGUUUAAGGAUGAGCCCUUCACUCUGCACCUUUUUGAUUCAGUUUGUCUCUGAAAGUUUCUCACAGUCAGGGAAGAAUCAGUUAAGAAAUUUCAUGGCUCUUAUUCUCCACCCAAUGAUAAACAGCAGGAAGUUUUUUUAUGUUUUCAGGACAACAGCCACAAUGGAGCUGUUUGUGCCCACCUCUUUACUGAUGACUCUUUUGUAAACAAAGGCCAGAAGGAGAUGGAUCAGUGUUUCAACUCUUACUCAAACCUGGUACUUUUUCAUCUAUCAAAACCCUUUUGAAAGCUCUCAACCCUUAACUGUAACUAAGUUAGAACAGCAGUUGUAAUAGCCAUGAUAUGCUAACAAAGCUAAAAACUGAGCUAAGUUUAGGGUGUCCUCUUUCACCCGGACAUGUCCUCUUUUUGGGGGGCUGUCCGGCUUUGUCUGGGGAAGUUUAUAAAAUCCUUCAAAUGUCAGUGGUUUUGUACGUAAGUUUUGAUUUUGUGUCACGUGGACUUAUUCAGUUAGAAGCUAGUAAAAGACACUCGAUCCGACCCGAAAAACUCUCAAAAUUAACUUUGUGAGACUCUGUGACUCCGCCUCCGCAUAGUCGUGUCCUCUUUUUGGGAAGUCAGCAUAUGGAACAGCUAAUCUCAGAUGUUUACUGUAAAGGCAUAUUUUUAAGGUCAUUUCUUGACUAUAUGAAGCUGUGUAAGAAGUAACGCCCACAAUGUGUGUCUAACUGCAUUAGGGUAGAAAAUGAGUUUUAGGAAGAUGCUAAUUAGUGCUGAAAUGAGGGUUUUCAGAGAUAUCAGGUUUUUUAAAAAGUCACGAUAAGCUCCUCUUCAGGUGUCCCAGACUGACAUAAUGAAAGCUUUAAAAUAAGCACAAUAGGUUUCCUUCAAAUGACUGACUCAGACAGGAUCAGACUCUGAAGGAGACAAGGUUUGAACAAACAAAGACUUUGUUUUAGUGCAAAAUAACGGCUUAAACAAGUAGAAAGGAUAAACAGCACCACUUUAUCUGCUUGUGUAGCUGUCAGCGCUCGUCGAUUCAGUACUUCAAGUGUUUUCACCAGUUUGAGGAGGAUUUGUCGAGUUUUUUGAGGUUUAUCUCUGUCAACAGAAGUCAGACUCAAAGAGGAGAGAUGUGAGAUAAAAGUUCUCACUUGGGAGUUUGUUGAUGUUUUCACAUUAGAUGUCAGAUCCUCCCAGUAACACACCACACACUUGCUAACACUUUUCCCAUCCGUUCAAACUGCAGUGCGUCUUUUUUACAAUCUAGUCUGUUUCUCCUCUGGUUUGUGAGGAGCGUGGUGACGUUAAACUUGCCUCUGUGUCUGAAAUACAGGUCAGUUAUGUAUCAGUGUGUGUGUGUGUGUGUGUGUGUGUGUGUGUGUACAGUUUGUUGUUUCCUGACAGUGAUCAGAACUGAGGAGACGUUAUCUAUGGAAUGACAGGAAGAGGGAGUGAUGGUUUACAGGCAGCUUCCUGUGGUCAAAGCCUCUUUUCUCCUUGUUUCCUCCCUGAGUCCUGAGGCAGAGACCGAGACCUGACCACAACCUUUGUUUAGACCAAAACACACACUCACAACCACACACUGAGGUCACUUUAUUACACUGAGGCUUCACUUCUGCCUCAGGCCCUCAGUUAUCAAUGUUUAGGAGCGCAGAGCUGGUUUUUUGAUGGAGCUGCUUUUAUUAUCAGAGGAGAGAUCUGACACGGAGGAGAGGGAAGUAUCUGUCUCUAUAACAUCAAACUUCCUUCAGACUUUAAUGGUAGAAGUUUUUUUUUUUCUCUCAGCAUAAAGAUACACCUCAUUUCCCAGCCUCUUUUGUAUUUUUUAAGAUUACAUCUCUCCUCGUGUCAGCAUUUGCUUUCUCUGAAUCUCCAGUUCACAGCACAUCAGUAGUUUCUCUCUGGACUGGAUGUUCUGCCACACCUGCAUAAAUUACUUUGUGUGUGUGUGUGUCUGUGUGUGUCUGUGUGUGCGUGUGUGUGUGUGCCUCAUAUGUAAAUAGGGGAGUGGUGAGUCAUGUUGUUGUUCUUGCAGCUCAUGCAGUUCAACUUCACCUCAGUCAGGACUGAAUUAAUCUGAACAGGUUCUGAUCUAACAAUAGAUGAUUAAUUGUUUAACUAAGGCGUGUCUCUUUACUCAGCUGUGAUUCAUCUUAUAGGUUUAUUUUUAUACGAUACUUCAAUUCCAUAAGAAUAAAAUGUUUUUGAUUGAACUGAUUUUAAUGGCUUACAAUCGAUCAAAUUCAGCAUCCAGACUCUUCUACUACAGAGCAACGCUGUUGUAACAUGAAUGUCAUUUGGUUCAGUUUUAACCAGCAUUAAUGGAUGCAGUGAUGACCUGUGUUUAUGGACAAUGAUUUCUGGAAGUGAAAUUGAGCCCAUGUGGUGGUUUCCACUACAGAAUCAUGUCUGUUUUUGUGCAUCACUGCCUGAGAGCCUGAGGAUAACAGCCGCCCAGUAUUGGUUUCAAGCCUUGUCUCUUUUACAAAGAGGUUUCUCCAGAUUUGUGGAUUUAUGAAAAGAUGAACUACAUGGUAAAUCCUUAAUUUACCAGUUGUACUAUUUGAUAUUAUACUAUUAGGAGUUUUCUCAAUGGUUAUGGUCUGCCUUAUAUAAAAACUAUACCAUUAGCAUUGUGUUACUUGAUAACAGGAAUGCUGCUGUGCAGUUAUUUGAUGCUGCUGCAGCUUAGGAGGCAUUUUUCUCACAGCAGGUAUUUAUACCUCAUCUUAUCUUACAAACAGGCCUUGAAGGAGACCAUAGAACACAAACAAACAACAAUGAGGCCAAGUAAAAUGAACCGAGUAAAAGACAAAGACAGUCAUGUCAAAACAUCCAUGACUGAGCGGUGACAAGUGAUGUUCAAAAUCUGGAUCACAGACACUGGGUGCUGAAAAACUUUAUGAAAAUAGUUCAACAUUUUAUGAACUCAAUAGUUCUCGAAGGCAAAAAUAUAUCACAGAAACCAAUAAUGAGUUCACUAAAUGCACAAGUAUGUCAUGAGACACAAAAAUAUAUCUAUUUGGAUUUCGUUCCCUGCUUUUUUGGUAAUGUUUUCUGCUUUUCAUGAAAUAUUUUUACAUUUUUUACUUGUUUUUUGUAUUUCAUGAAAUGUUUUUGCAUAUGUGAGUAUUUUUGUUUGUAUGAAAUCUUGGUGUUGUAUGAAAUAUUCUUUCCAUCAUAUAAUUAACACCUCCAUCUGUUGUUGCAUUUUAUUUAAAUGUAGCUUUUUAAUAAUGUCAAGUUUUUUUGAUGUUUUUGAUGAAUUAUCAUUUGCUUGAAAAUAUUUAUGGCAGCAUAAUUUUAAGUGCUCCUGCAGCUUUUUUUAGGACCUUAAAAAAGUACAGUUAUCUGUGCCGUUUCAUCUGUUUAUCUGUGUGUGGGUGUUAUUUGAGCAGAUCUCUCUGAAAUCUCUGCAGCUGUCCAAAGUUUUCCCAGCGGCCGUUUGAUUUCAGCUUUUAAGAGCUGAAAGCAGCUCAGAACUCAAAGUGUCAUCCUGUCGUGACCGGGAUGUUAAUCUGAAAAUGAAGCACUGCAAUUACAGAGAAAUAACAGGAAACACGCUUCCCAGAGUCGUGUGUGUGCGUGUGGUUGUGUGCGUAUGUGUGUGUGUUUUGGUGAUACUAUCAAUGCAGUCGUGUCCCUCUUAGCCACUCCAAACAAACAGAUAUGACAGCGAUACAAAACCCUCUGAAAUAUUUUGAUUCUGUUCCAAAAUACAUAUUCCAGAAAGCACAGACAGUCCCUCUCUGUGUAAUAUCAGUGUGAGCAGUGUGUAUUUACAGUGUAUAGUUUGUGUUGAAGCAUGUAGUCUGACAGUGUGUAGUUUGUGAGGGAAGUGUUGAAGAGGAAGUUGCUGUGAGGUCAGACACAGAACAAAGACCGGACUCACUUCUCCUGGAAACAACAGAAGGAAGUAAAAGUUAAAUAUUAAAUCUGCUUUUUACUCAAAUGAAAGUGUUUCUGUUGUCUUAUCAGAAUCUAGAUUAAAGGGCAACUUCUUGUAAUUUAGCUUGGGUCCGGUUUUUAAACAGGCCUAGUUAAAUGUCUACUGGACAGGGAUGGUUUUAAAAUGGCACCAGUAUUGAGUACAGAUGCAUCCUUGAAAAAUCUAAUACUGUGUUGUUUUUCAGAUUUUUGAGUUUUUAUUUCAAUUAUUAUAAAAAAAAAAAAAAAAGCAUUUAUAAGACAGAAUUAUUCAGAAGUGUAUUUGAUGCUGUGGGAGGAAACCAGCAUCUCUAUAAAGCUUCUAAGCAGAUGGAGGCAUGAUGUACUCACAAAUCUCCAACUGUGUUGACUUUAGAUUGACAAAACACAACAGACUAGGGGUGGGAGAAAAAAUCUAUUUGCAUAUCACGAUUGUUUGUUUUACAUUUUUUAAAUAAAUUUUUCUAUUCAAAAAUCGAUUAUUUUUUUCUAAUUUAAGAAUAAAUCUUAAAAACUGACUUACAUGUGAUGUGUAUUUUGGGGGGAAAUAUGGCUCCUGGAAUAGUCAGUAGACAAUCAUAAUCAUUCAACUGUUUCACUGGUGUUAAAAAUGCAGACUAAAAAUUGUAGAAGAAUCGAAUCAGGAAAAAAGCAUAUUGUCCCAGUCCUACAACAGACCAACACUGUGGAAACUUCACACUGGACUUCAAACUCUCUGACCUUCCUUCAGACUCUGGGACCUUGAUUUCCAAAUUAAAUGCAGAAUACUUUUUUCUAGAAAAACGAAGCAGUCGUUCAUAGGACUGUCCCAAUCCAAGAUUGGUAUCAGAUAUUGGUCUGAUAUCAACCAACAAACAAAUAUCGGAUUAUAUCUGUCUGCAUCUAAAAUCUCCGAUACAAGCAGUCCAUUCCAGACUCCACUCCAGCACCUCUAGUUAGCAGCGCCCUGAUCCAGCAUGCAGAGUCCACGUGAUAACAACAACAGUGUGUACUAAGGUACUAACAAAGUAGCAGAGUAGGAGUGAUGUUGGCUAUGUGGCAGUAUUUUUUGUUAAAGUCUGAAUAAGACAUUGCAGCUAAGUGAAAAACUUGUCGUGCACAAGUUUGGGCCAAUAUUGGAUCAAUAUCGGUAUUGGCCAAUACUGAAGGCUACAAUAUCGGUAUAGUAUUGGAAGUAAAAAAGUUUGUAUUGGGACACCCCUAGUCAUCAGUCCUUUUUCCUCCUUUGCCCUUAGUUGGACCCCUCUGAAGCUGUCUCUGGUUCAGGCUUGUUAUGUGGCAGCUCUAGUCCCUUUCCUAAAGCAGUCUGUGUGUAGUUUCUGUUGAUGCUCUGACUCCAGCCUCUGUCCACUUGUUGUGAAGCUCCUCAGACUUGUCUUGACUAUGCUGUCAGGGCUGCUACCAUCCCUGCUGCUUGGUCACCUUUUCCUCCCACUCUUCUCCCCUUCCAGUCAACUUUCCAUUUCUAUGCUUUGAUCUAAAACUCUGUGAACACACAGCCUUUUCACCAAUGAUCUUUUAUGACAUACCCUUCUUGUGGAGGGUGUCCAUGAACAUCUUCUGGACAAUGUCAAGUCAGCAGUCUUCACAUGUUGGACUGAGAGAUACACAAUGUUCAUAUGAGGGGAAUAGUGAUUAUUAUUACUACCUCUAGAAUGACAUAUUCUAACUAUUUUUAAUCUAUUUUCCUUGCUAUAAAAAGCGCAGAUUAUGAUUUGCAUCUAAUGUGUCAGUGUCUUUUGGACUGGAGGAAAGGGGGUCAAACUUUCAGUCCUGUAAGUAGUGGACACCCCACUUUACCUCCUAAUCCACAGCAGCUCCUCAACUAAGAUUCAUUAUGAAACACUCCGAGUGACAUACUGACACAUUCAUCAUGAUUUGGUUGCUGUCGUGAGCUUCUUCAUCUCCAGGCCUGCACUGCUGACACACACACUCACACACACUCCACACACACACACACAAAUGCAGGAGUGCAGGUGCAGUGAGAAAAGAGGAGAGUGUAUAAAUAGCAGCAUCGUUUGUGGUGAGUGAGUCAGGUAUCCGCAGCCUCCAUUUCCACACUCACACACAUGUCACCGUUUAGUCUCACACUCCUGCAGACACACACGUGCACACACACAUACAUGCUCGCUCUGUGUCGUCAGGGAGACAGUCAGCUGUUACAGGAACAGAUAUCUCAUAUGGAAAUCGUGUGUGCGUGUGUCAGUGCUGCAGUCAUUUAUAACCAAACCUCUGCACUGCCUGGAAUCAGGAGGCUGACACACACCUUUGAACACUGACAGCCCUUUCUUUUACCGUUAUGAAGUUUUAGCUUUAAAGGUUGUUUGUUUAGAGACACACCAUAGAGAAGAUUUGACUCAAUCAGACUUUGAAUCUCAAGGUCUCAUAAGAUUGUUGCACAAAGACAGGCAGUUCUGAAGAAGCCUGUAAAAACAGCUUAUGUUGACCUAUCAUAUUGGUUCAUUUUAUAUUGUUGAAUGAUAUUAAUGAUUUCGCUGGAAAGCAAGAACAUCUUUGAGUCUACACUGUAUGACAUCUGGGCCAGCGAAACUUGAGCAAAAACCGUGUCGUACUUUUGUACCACUGAGCUUGUUGUACUUCCUCCAUAAAGACAAACUUUGCUUGAGAUGCUGCUGAGACUUUUUGGAGUUUUCUCCAUCUUCUCACGAGUAUUAUUGACAAUGUUUGGCUUGUUCUUUGUCUGACCCUCCCCCUCUGUGAUGUAAAUCAGAUAUUGUUUCUGUGUGCGUUCAUACAAUAAUCAUGAAUGGAUUCCUGGAUAGAAAGCGGGUCAGCUGACUGCAUAAUGAAGUCUGAAUUAAUGAGAACCUAAAGCGGCAGAGACAGUCCAGAGUGAAGGAUGGUGAUCUAAAUAAAGACGAGUGUGUUACAGGCAGAAGAAGGAGGCUCUUUGUGUUUAAACACACUCACUCCUCUCUGCACUCAACCCUGAGGAUGGAGGAGUCCUCCAUCAGUCUCUCGGCUCAGAGGAGGAAGACUCACUUCUCUUCGUUGUGAGGAGUCUAGAGAGUAGAAAGAGGAGGGGAUGUAUUAAUUCUGCUGCAUCUUACAAGUUCAGUCAUCCUCUCCUCCUCUGAGCAGGUGUAACACAAAGAGUCCAGAUCUUUGUUCGUGUGCAGGAAAUUCAGAGAACGGAAAAACAAAUGAAUAUGCAGCCUGAGUUUACAGGCUGUUUGAUAUGGAAGAGGAUAAGGGCCACAAGAAGAGAAAAAAAAUUACAAGAGGGAGAUUUUUUUUUAAUUUCCAUUUUUAGAUUAAAGUCAAAAUUUCAAGAUUAAAGUUGAAAUUUUAAAAAGUGGAAAUUUCGACUUUAAUCUCAAAAUUUCUAUUUUUUUAUUCUCGAAAUGUUGACAUUAUUCAUGGCAUUUCGACAUUUUCUUAACUUGAAAUUUCAACUUUAAUUUCGAAAUUUCAAUUUUUAAUCUAAAAAUUUCUAUUUUAUUGAUAUAAUUUCAAUUUUCAAUCUUGAAGUUUCGACUUAAAUCUCCUUCGUGUAAUUAUUUUAUUUCUCCUCAUGUGGCCCAAAUCAUCUUUCGUAGUUUAAACUGAUAGACAUGUGAAUCUUUGUGUAGUUUUAUUUCUGAAACUCAACAUUCACACAUUAACAGCACAUUGACAUAGUUGGUGUCAAUAAUUUGAAAAAGGAUCACAAAAAACCUUGUAGUUCAAAAAAAUGUAGAAAUCUAUUUUUGAAGGUUGAACCAGUUGACAAGCCGAACUGUUCAAUGAAAUUCCUUAAAUCCCUGAAAUACCAGACCCCCUCCCCCUGAGCGCUCUGACCCUCAGUGUUCACACGUUCAUCCAUCUGACCUGAUCCACGUCUUCUACCGUGGGUUCGCCGUCUGUUUGGUGUGUUAAUGUGUGUUUUGUUAACACAGCUGACUGCAGGCUGGAUAAACCGGUUCCCAUGACCUCGUACACACGACACAGUGUGUAAUUAAGAGCGUGUGCGUGCAACCCUCUGUUUGUGUGUGUGUUUAACUUUAACUUUGUGUGUUGGAGUGUUUGCUUUCAGAUCGGAAGUGCGUUUGUAGUCACGAUAUAUUUUUUUGUUGUCUGUGUUUUAUUGAGUAGUUGAGACUCUCCUGUAUGUAACACUCUGAUCAUGUCCACUGUCAGCCUUCAGUCAUGAAGCAAACUUACAGAAAAUUAGUGAAACAGUUUAGAAUAAAAUGCAAAAAGAACUUUUGAAAAGCUUUGAAUUCACCAGAAGCUUCAGCUGCACCUCACUCUGUAUUAACUGUGAACAAAACACAGAAAUAUUUAAAUGAGCUCUUUGUAGUAGAGCUUCAAAGUGUUCUCAACUUUAAUAUGAUAGCAAUGAAAACUGAUGAUAUGCCACCUGCGUCAUUACCUUAGAAAAUAGGGUCUGCUGAUCAGUCUGGAGGCUCCUGUGAAGUAACUCUCUGUCAUGUAAUUUAAUCAGUAGAUUCGUAGUUACUUUCUCAUAGCUGAAUAAUUAAAACCAGAAUUCUACCAGUUUUCCCAUUUCUGUGCAGCCAUACUCAAACCCUGCUACUACAGACUGUUUGCUUGUUGGUGAAUGUACUGAAUGUACAGUUUGGAAGUCUAAACAUUUUUCCUUUAUCUGCACAUCACAUGUUUUUAUCAGAAAAUACUUCAUGUUUAAGAUCAGCACCAGGUUUGACUGUCAUUGUGGGAAAGUCUUAGUGCAAACCCUCUAUGGUAUGAAAGUAAGAACUUCAGGUAGAGAUUUUGAGAAGCGAAGACAUGAGUUAAAGACCCACUCCAAUGAAAAUCAUGUUUUUCUUGUUUUCUACAUAUUCAUAUGGCAUUUUUCUGAUGCUACAGGACACAUCAUGAGAAAAAUAAGGGCAAAAUUGUGCGUUCAAAUCAAUGUGAAUCUCUGGCAGACCCAAACAGCAGGUUCAGAAACAGUGAGAAUUCCUACGUAGCAAAUCCAAGAUCCGCCCCGAGCCCCGCCAUGCAGGUCACACUCAGAAAUAAAGAGGACGAUUGCGGAACAAGUGUGUGCGAUAGUGGAUUGCAAUGCUCGUAAGAAGGCUAAUUAUGAAAUUAGCUACUGGAUCUGGAGAAGAAAAGUCCUUGAAAAUGACACAGAUAACGCAAUUUUGGCUAAAAACGUAAUAAUCACAAUUUAAAGAUUAAAGAUUAAAGAUACUUAUAAGACUUUAGGUAGUAAAAAAAAAAAAAAAAAAAGGAGUGGGACUUUAAAGAUGACCGCUCAGCAAACUCACCAGGGCCCAGCUAAAACUGACAUCAGUGUGUCUAAAAAGUUUGAAUCAAGUCAGAUCUAACCAGUGGUGGCACUGCUUAUGCAAUGCUCAGAAGCGUUUCCCCCUCAGUAUCUGGACAAACUUCUGUUUUUCCUUUUUCAUGGGCAGAGAGACGCUUUUUAGGGAGAAUUCUUUACUCAAGCGUUGUAUUCACAGAUGAUGACUGCUGAGGUGUUUUAGACAGCAGAUUGUCCCUUGUUCUGGGUUGUGUAACAGUCGCUCUGUGUGCAGUGAACCUGUCAUGAUGUCAGAGUGAGAGCCCUGCAGGACGACCUUCACCUCCACAUCCGUCCUGCUGCAGGUCAUAAAGCCUGAACGUCCUGCAGCCUGAACGUCAGAGCAGACCGCAGCAGCUGUCAGUGGAAGAUCAGCAGAAAGACAUGCAGAGAGAUAGACAGGACUUCAGUGUAUGUAGAGAUAUAUUCAGGACUCAGUGUAUGCAGACUGACAGGGCAUAAAAUUUGCAGAUGGACAGAUAUAGAGACAGAUAGACAGACACACAGCGGGCCGCGUUUACCUUUUAGUUUAUCAUCUCUGUUUUACUGUCAGAGCUUUCAUUGUUCUACCCUCCGCCUGCAGCCGUCUUUCCACUUCAAAGCUCUCACGCCUCAUUUGAGAUGUGUGUGUACAGUAGAUGCUGACCUACUCCCUGUUUAUAGCAGUGUAAAUUAGCAUACCACACUCUCUCACACACUAGUAAACCAGCUGCUGAGGUGAGACUUUGUUUAAACAGUCAGCAGGCAGAGAUGGAUGUCAGUGUUUUAUGGAUUUAUUGUAAUGUUCUUCCACUUUAGACAAUUAUCAUCAUUAACAGAAUUACUCUUCUGUCAUAAUUCUUUUCCUGCUGUCUCCUAUUGGUCACAUUGGUGUUUUGAUUUAAACUAUAAAUACAACCCUAGUUCUACUGGCUCAAAACCAAUACUCGAUGGGUUCCAGGUGGCACCGCACUAAAAACAGACAUGACUCUGUAGUGGGACUCACCACAUGGGCUCAAUAUCACUUCUAAAAACAAAGGUUAUAGUCCAUAAACAAAGGACUAUAGAGCCUUUGUGUAUAAGGCACACUUGUACCACUAGGUCGAUUUAAUGUUAGACCUCAAAGUUUUUGUUUACAAAAUAAUAAUAGAAAAAAGAAAAUUAUGAUUUUAGAAUAGAAUAGAAUAUAGAAUAGAAUAUUCCUUUAUUGAUCCCUCAUGGGGGACAUUUUUUUGUCACAGCAGCAUCACAGACAAAGAGUGCAAAAAUGCAGUUAUAAAAAUAAAGAUCCUAAUAUUAAGAACUAAAUGUAAUAAUUAAGAAAAAAAUGUAGAAAAAAGGAAAAAGGGAGAAGAAAAAUAAAACUAUCUACAAUAUACACAAUUUACACAUACACAAAAAGUGGUGGUGUGUGUCCAGUUAUUAUUACAGUUCGUUGUAAAGUCUUUUAACUGGUGCCCGACUUUUAGGUAUUAAAAGUUUGGAAAAAUUGGAUGACAAUUGAUGAUUUGCUUCAACAUGCAGCUUUGAAAGAGACUGUAAUUGUUGAAAUAAUAUUUUUAUGAAGGAGUUUCCACUGAAAGAUCACACAAACAGCUGUUACAUCACUCUCUACAAACACACAAUAUAACACAGAAAAUAACAGAAAUUUUACCUCCCAGAGGAGGGAAACUGCUGAUCUGGUUGUUAUGUUUUGUGCUCAAUGCCAAGUAAUUAUUUCCAACGCUAAAUUGAGAAAAUACAAGCAAACAAACCAUUGAGGUCAGCAGAAAAAAAGACCCCAAACUUCUGAGUUCAUAAAAUUCGUAUUUCCAUUUCUCUGCUCUCAGCUCCAUUAUCAGGGCAGAGAUACUUGAGAGCCAUUCGCCUCCAGGACUGAAAGAUUUUCUGCAUCCCUUCAGCUUAGAUCACUUCAAAUUGGCUUUACUGAAUCACUCCACUCAACCUCACAGCUGCACAUAUUUUUUUGGCUCAUUCCCGAGGACUUGGACUCCUGUGGGUUUUGACCUCCUGACCUUCUCCAUGUGCUUCCUCAGGUCAAACUUAACAUUUCUAGCAAUAGUUAGAUCAUCAGCAUAGAGUUAAUUCAGCCUGACACUUUCAUAUUGUGGCUGUGAGGAUUGUUAAGUCCUCCAGACACUGACAUGAUAGUUUUAUCUAGGGCUUUUGGGUCUGGUGGUGUAAACGUGGGUAAAACUGUUGCAUUGUGAUAUUUGUUUCUCAAAAUACUGGGCUUCCUUGUAAACGAAGAGGGUAAAUUAUACACACAAACACACAAACUGUUGGAUAUAAAGCCUGUAGAAAGUGUGUUGCACAUUGUGUCCAUGCCUUUGGUCUGCCCUCCCCUCACAGUCCGAACCUCAGAGUUGUUUCUUCUCGCUGACUCCUCCUCAGCUCCUCCGGUUGUCUCCUCUGCAGCUGAUCGUCCUUCUCUGCUCUGAUGUGGGCUGGAAGGGUCAGAGAGUGAGAUAGAGAAUCCCUCAGAGCUUCAGCCUCUCUGCUCUGCUCCUCUUUGAAGAUUAAACUUCCAUUUUAAUGAAAGCCCUCUUUCUCACUCCACCGCCACUCCUCUCCCUCCUCUCCCUAUAUGCACACUGUGGGACAGAGGCUGCACUUUACAAACUGUUCCUGUUAUUGAGACUUUUUGCAAGAAUAUUUUUCAGGGCUGCCUAGCACAAGUAAACAAUAUUCGUGUGCUACAAAUACUAAGACAAUGCAAAGUCAAAAACUCCUGAACAAUAAAGUUCAUAUCUUUGACAUUAUACAUCUUAAUUAUGGCUUUCAAUAUAUCUAACAGAGAUACUUAUGAUUUAAGAUAGUCAUGAAACAAUACCUGAUCAGAUACUAUGAUCAAAACGAUAGACUGUGGUAGAUUACAUCACUUAAAAAUGUGUGUGAUGAUUCUGGUCUGAUCUAUUUACCACACAUCUGUGCAACAAGAUUACUAUUGUAUGAACACAUGUUGUUGCUUGUUGCUGAUGUCAACGCUUAAUGUCACUGUUGUUUUUCUACACUAUAGAUUAUUGCCAUUAUUAUUGUUUCCUCUAUAUUUCACCUUUACUUUAAGGAUGUGCCUAUCCGAUAUUUAGAUCAGAUAUCGGCUCUGAUGUUGAUAUCAGCAACAUGUAAGUCUUACUUCUUUUUGCUGUGUGCUAAUGUGCAAUUUGUUAUUUGUAAGUAAUUAGUAAUUAUUAAGUAAAUUUAUAUCUGUGUUAUUUGUUACCUUUUAUAUAUUUUUUAACAAGGCUAAUGUCAAGCCUGAUACCUUCACUCACAGGGCAAAGUAUACAGUUCAUUCAUUCAACAGUAGUAUUGGAUCGGUAUCGGAUAUCGGCCGAUAUGCUCAGCCGAGGUAUCAGUAUCGGAUUGGAUCAGGAAAAAAAAUGGAUCGGUUCAUCUCUGCUUUUACUUUGCUGUUUAUCCUCAGUUAAAAACAGUGCAAAACUCUCAUGGAUGAGAGUCAGUGCUGAAAACCUUUAGACUGAUAGACAUUAAACAGACGAAUACGAAUUAUGUGUCAAAAUCGUACGUAGUUUGAACACUAUGCUUUUUUGGUCUAAAAGAGGACUAAUAGACGUCUAAAUGUAGCCUAGAUGACUGGUCUAAAAUCAGACUGUCACAGGUCUGAAAAUCAAUCAAUCAAUCAAUCAAUCAAAUUUUAUUUAUAUAGCGCCAAUUCACAACAGUCGUCAUCUCAAGACGCUUUUCAAGGAACAAGAGCAGGUCAGGACCGCGCUCAUUGUUUGAUGAUCAAGAACCAACCUAAGAUGGGUUUUGGCCCAUCUCAACUAACAUGAGUAGCAGUGGCAAGGAAAAACUUCCUUUUAACAGGCAGAAACCUUGGGCGGGGGGGGGGUAGUCUCUGCAGCAACGGUCCAGAGGAGCCAAAGAGAUGGAGGAGCUCAGGGCCCAGGAUGGAUGCAGCUGGGGUCAGGCAGUUCCGCAGCAGACCGUUUGCAGCUUUAGUCCAGUGGCAGCUAAAAGACUCAGAGACACUCAGAGAGACAGAAAACUGGUCAGUGACUUAUAUGGGACAUAAAGAUCUAAAGAGGAGAUAGAGACAGACUCUAGCUCAGUGUGCCAGAUAGCCCCGGCAGUCUAGGCCUAUAGCAGCAUAACUAAGAGCUGGUUCAAAUCAGCCCUGACUAUAGGCUUUAUCAAAUCAGACUGUCACAGGUCUGAAAAUGAAAAUGUUUUAGGUAUCUAAAUUUAGACCAAGUCUAAAUCUGGGCUAUAUCUAUACUAUACUGUAUAUUGCUCAAUAGCUAUCAUAAUUAUGUUGGUUAAGUACUUGGAGAUCAGAAGUACUCUGUUGCUUUUUGAAGUAGUUAUCGAAUAAUGGGUUAAAGUGCAACGUCUCAAUUCCAUCUAUAAAUAUACAGAAUCUAGACGGUUGAAAUUAGUUUUUUUAAAAAAAACUAGAUGUCUAAUAGCCGUCUAUUGCUCAGUGGGUAGCUGAUACACAGGUGCUGCAACCAGCCAGAGUUUUGCAUUGUUUAAGAACUUGGAGCAUGUCACUCUUUGCUGUUGCAAAUUGUCCACCUCCAUGAAAAUUCACUUUCCUUUUUGCAUUUUAAUGCCAGUGAAGCUUAUUUUUACGAUUAUUGCCUGUUUAAAUGAUAGUCAGAUAUUUCUUAACCAAACCAAGAUCAAAUUCCUGCACUCUGGUGGAAAACUAAAAUGUAUUUUUAGUCAAGUCUUUUCCUUGGUACAAAUUAAAAUAUAAAAAGACUGUUUACGCAGUGAAACUCUGUAGUUGAACAGUGAGAAUAAACAUCUUCUCUUUAUGCUGGAGACUAAAAUGAGGCACCAGAGACUGUGUUCCUUCUAAUUUUAAAGCCAGAGUAUUUUUGUUUCAGGUCAGCAGGUCACUCAGAGCAGCAAUGGCCUCUCCUCUCCCAGCAUGCACUACACAUUCGCUUCUGUUGUAAAGCUGCAUCCUCUCUUGUUCCAGCAGCUGUAGUUUCCUCCUCCCAUUAGCUCUCACUCUGUCUGCAUCUCUCUGGAGGAGCUCUUUCCUUUAUUCAUGAUGGAAAGAUGAAGCCUGAAAUAUUUACAACAACAAGAGGAGAAAAGUGUUUCAAUAAGACAUGAGCUGGAACAAUGGUAGAGGGAGGAUGAGGAUGAUGAGAGAAAAGUAGGAGGAAGAAAGUCUGAAGGAAAAGUUGAUCCAGUUUAACAGCCAACAAUGGAGGAUUAACCAGCUUAAUCCCGAUUCCCCAGGUGGAGGAAUAAGUGGUCAGGAGUAAUGGAGGAAAAGAACAAAGAUGUGAGCGUCAUUGAAGAGUUGAACCCCUCAUUUAGAGGAUAAAUGUGAACGCAGUGAUUUUUUAAUCCUUUAAAACAACAAUAUUGUAGUUCAUUCCUGGAGCUGGAGCCAAUAAAACCCAAAGGGAAAUAACCAACAAUAUUCUGUUCUCAAUGAUCUGAAACAAAGAAAAUCAUCUGCUGCUCAUAGAAAAGAGAAACGGAAAAGGAUAAAGAUUGUUUUCUGAUUUGAUAAAUAGCUGAAAACGAUUAUUCAAACACAGCAAUUGUUGCUCGAUACAAAGAUAUGAGGUGCAUUAUUCCGCCUUGACUCUAUGCUACAUUGAGCACCACAUACAUAUGUGUCUGAGCGUCCAUGUAGCUUUGCAAUAAUCCACCUAUAGAUGGGCAAUUCACUUGAUUUUCAUUCCAGUUACAAUUAUGACUCCUCAGGAUCCUAGAAAUAUAAUUUUGACUGAACAAUACGGUGCUAGCUGCUUUUUCGCCCCUGCUACGCCAUAUACUUUAAAUGAAGCACAUCUCCUGUCUUCCUAAACAUCAGAUCGUUGGCGUGGCCUAUCCUCCCCUCAAACUGCUCUCAUUUAACUCCAUCAUAAGCAGCUCAGAUCAAUGUGAAACCAAUUUUGGGAGGAAGUUGUGGUUCCUCUCAAAAUUGAUGGUGGACUGUAGGGACGGGCGAUAUGGGCUAAAAAAUUUAUCACAAUAAGUUCUGCCAUUCUGGCGAUAACAAUAAAAGUCCCGAUAAAAAACUGCUUUAAUUCCAAUCCAUGUUUUUGAUUCAUUCUGUCUUGAGAAACCCACAAACGUUGUUGGAUGGCACUUACCAGUUGGUACAGUCAAAUAAGAUACUUAACCACAAGUUUAAAAUAGUGACAUCAAACAAGUCUGAAAUGUGAAAACACUUUCAAUAGGUACUCAAAAGUCUUAUUGCACAGGGUGAACAGCAGCAGCAGCUCCACUGUCCGAUGACAGGCAUACCUGAUGGCACUCGUCCAAGCCCCAAUCUUCACAACCUUCGGCCAUGUUUGUUUGUUAUUCUUCUCUGUGUGGGCUAAGGCAUCUGUCGCUCGCGCUUACGUCAGCAAGUUACUUAUGUUUAUUACAUUUAUCGUAAGAUGGCAAAAGGUUAUCAUGGAGGAUUUUUCUGACGAUAAAUCGUGAACAAUAAUUUCUGCCCAUCUCUAGUGGACCGUUCAAACAUAUUGUGCAACACAACAUGAACUGUCAUGGGGCAUUGGGUGGAGAGAGGCGUGGAGCAAGUGUGUGUAUCCGUGGGAGUCUGAAAAGUCAAGGGACAGAAUGAACACAACAAGAGAGAAGCUGUAAAGACCAUGAGUGUGCAUGAGCGCUAAUGAUCUAACAACUGUCUGGCUAAUAAGUGAGAGACAUCGUUGAUAAAAUACAAACCAGGCUUUGGUUCUGGGUUGACUCUUGUCUUAUAGAGAAGUUGAAUGUAAAGCUGUCUUUCCCUCAUUCCUCUCUGUUAUCGACAUGAACUUUGGAGUGUCAGAUGUUUCAUGUUCUUUGAGCUGCUGCCUCUUAGGAAUCUCACUCCUUCCUAAUAUUUCUCUUCUUUAUCUGAGCACUGACCCACUUUCUCUGCUGAUCACUCUCAGUGUUUGUCUUACACACUGAUUAUUUCCACUCAUACGAUGUGUGUUGUGAGGAGUACCAGUCACUGCCACAGUACACAAGCUCAUACACCCACACUUAAGAAAGAAAGAAAGAGAGAGAGAGAGAGAGAGAGAGAGAGAGAGCUCUGUUUUCAGUGUGAGGGUGUCAUGAGCAUGAUGUGCUGUGACAGCACUGAGCAGGCCUGUCUGAAGCUCUGAGGGCCACCCGCAGACACGGACACGCGCACAUACACACGCAUACACAGCGGAGAGGGGAAAGAGAGAGAGAGUGAACGGAGAAUGGGUGGAGCAGCAACCAUCAGACCAGCGAAGCUGCAGGUUUUUACUGCUGCUCACAUUUUGUACAUUUUGAUCUGUACUGAAGUCUCUGUGUGUGAAUUCAGAGUUAGAGUUUUCAAAUUUUACACUUAUCUAAAACACUGAGUUUUACCAAGUUUAGAAAAAUAAUAAUAAUAAUAACCAUUUAAUUUAGGGUUCAGAAAGGUAACUAAAGUUACAGAUUAACUUUGAACAAAUUUUGAACCGAUAUUUAAAUUUUGGUUUGGGUUAGGGGCCCUAGACACAUGAGCCCUGCUGUUACACUCUCUCUCCCUCUUUUCUUCCAGCAGGAUUAAGAGUUUUAAUCAUAGACUUUAUAUAGAAUGGACAGCAUCUGCCUCCUCACUGGGUGAAGCCACUCUGAGAACAGCACCCUCUGGUGACAGGCUGCAGUAUAGGUCAUAAAUCCCGCCUCCGCCAGCAAAGCUUAUGGGGCUGUUCGGAAAUUAAUUACACAGAAUAAAAUUACACAGUUCUGUAUGUAUUGCUUAGCUGCAAAACAAAGUGAAUAUGCUGUGUAAUAGUGGGUAAACUACUAGAAUAGAGUUUGCUCAGAGAGCACAGUUUGGAUAUCAAAUACUUUAAAACUCAACUGAGCUAAGUAAAUAAAAGAACAAAGUGUUUGAGGUUUCCAGAGUUAGUUGGUGUCAUGUCCUUGAUUAAAUCUGCAGGAACGUCUUCAUCAAUAUUUAUUGUCUUUGUGCUAUUUUGGAGUGCUGUUACCCCUGGUGUUUGCUCAGAGGGCUGAAUGGAUUGGGCUGAUCAAGAUGCUUUUAGUAACUGGCAACAGAGGAAGGUACAAAUUUUAGAAAGGACCUCUUCAGAGAUCUUUAUUUUUUUUGUAAAGAAAGGAUUUAUUUGUUGUAGAGACAGAAGUCUUACACGAGGAUAGGACAUAAUGUGAAGUCAGUUGUGUGGAAAAAACAUUGGAGUUGGAGUUGCAGUAAUUUCAAGACUCAUCAAGUAUCAUUUGAUGGCUAUAUUUGCCUUUAAACAACUUCUGGUUUAAGCAACAUUUAGUGAUGAUCAACUGUCAGCCAUUAACAAUGUGCUGCAUUGUUUACAGUCCAAAUUGCAAUAUCAGAAGUCAAUGUGUGUUUAUCUGUUUAUGGUGAGUCUCCGUUUCACUGUAAACAGUAAGUCACACAGAGGUUUCACUUUGGCUUAUUGUACAGCUGUUUGUCGUGAGUCCACGUUUCAUUGUAAAUAUUAAAGCCCAAAACCCACAGGAUCUGUGCUCGCUGUGUUCUGGCAGUGCCACGCACCGUGAAUGAAUUUCCCUUUGGGGAUCAAUAAAGUUGUUGUUUGAUACACAGCAAACAUGUUCCUGUUCUCGUCAGCGCUCCAUGUUACACAGGAAGUGCUGCUGUGUGUCUCUUUUCUGGCCUUUUUGGGACUUGUCCCAGUCAACUAUGAUAAAAACUAAAACCAACACUAACACCAGAAAAAAAUAAAAUUGAAAUUAAAUUUUUAUUUUAUAAAAGGAAACAAAACUUAACUAUCAAACCAGAAUUACAAAUUUAAAUCAAUUUGGACCAAACUGGUGUUGAGAAGAAGCCCAGUAAAUAAUUCAAUACUAAACCUGUUAUAAUCCUAAUACAUUAAAUCCUGCUGGUAUGUGAUUGGUCAAUACUAACUGGACUGUGAAUGUAUCGCAUACAGAAACCAAAACCGUUUUCUACACAUGAAUAAAUAAAAAGCACUUUGUUGUGUGGACAAAAGAGUGGAGGCUGAGUCCACAUCUUAGCAGCCAAAUUACAAUUACAAGUCCAAGUGAGCACUUUUGGUGUAUGAAUUAUGAAGAUGUACUUGAGCGUUGAGGACAUGAUGUGUCAUCCUUUUUAAAGUCUCACUCAGGAACACUAAAACUAAUCACAGUGUGUUUAUUUUGUAAUUUCUUUUUCUGCAGGAAUAGAGUUAAACAGAAAUCCUAACUUAUACCUUUGUACCUACUGUGACCCUCCUAUAUCACAGAUUAAUCAGCGAUAAAUACUUUCUUUUUUUUGGUGUUUUAUUUGAAUUGACACCUGCUGGAUAAGCAUAAACCAUCUGUGAGUGUUCACAGUAACAUGACCCAGUGAACGGUCAGCGCUGUGACAGAGAAUCUUUUCACAUCAUUAAAAACGGACUAUUGAUGUUUGGCAGCCUGUGUACAACUGUUAUUGAUGUGUCUAUUUUUAAUAAAUGUAGGCCAGAGUCACAUAACAGGAACACAUGGGGGAGCACAUACAGAUGUGUGUGUCCCUAUUAGCGCUUUAAAGCCUCAGAUUAUGUGCAGAGCUGCUUGUUUGUGUGCCUCCAUUAUUGAUCAGUGAUUUCCCCGGUGUAAGCCUCCAUCAGUGCUUUAUUCUGCACUUUAUCUCUGUCUAGCAGGGUAAUUAUUUUACACAGGGAUUAGGAUUACACCAGAGGGAACAAACAAAGUUUUUGAAUCUGUAAAUUAUCCUCUUGCAUAAACAACUUCACAUUAGCUUUCAUGAAAAUUCAUGUGAACUGAUCAGGUUUUUUUUAACAUUUCACUGCCUGGUGGUGAAACAUUAUGAGAUGGAGCAUGAAUGCACCACAGAAAUAACCAAUAAAAAGGCUUUAAAACUAUAUGUAUAAAUGGUGCAAUGAUAGCAUUGCAAAAUAUGCAAAACUCUAAGGAAUAGAGUCAAGUAUAAUCUUUUUAUUGUUUUAAGAAUCUGAUGCUAACUCAUAAAUACUAAAAACAUAUAAUGGACAUGAAACGGUGUCUUUUUUAAUACUCCAAACAGUGACUUGAAAAUGACCGUUAGCUGUGUGUCUUUCCUCAACACUGCAUGCUUGUGUUCUUUCAGCGUCUUGCCUCUCUGUGUAGCUCUAUGGUGGCUCAGACUGUGUUGACAGAACAUGUUGGUAACACUUUACAAUAAACAUAAUUUCUAAAUGGUAAAUAGAUAGUUUAUUAAUGUUUAAUCAUCAAUUUAAAACAGCAUAUAGACCAAUUGUAAAUGGCAAAUAGUUUAUUUAUGUAAGUUAAUAGUUACUCUAUCAGUAAGAAGCAAUGAAAUUAUGAUUAAUAUUUUUUAUUAAUUAUUAAUGGACUAUUUAUUAAAGGUUUGUAUAGGGUUUAAAUAUUGGUUGUAAAACAUCUAGAUUAAAAUGUGUGUCAGUAGCACUUUGUAAAUGGUUAAUAUUUGUUUUUUAAACCAUCUAUAAACAUUACUUAGAUGUUAUUGUAAAGUUGUAACUGAUGUUUGUAAUACUUUGUAAAUGAUUAAUAAGUGGUUCAUAAACCACUCAUAAACAUUACUUAGAUGAUUAUUGUAAAGUUAGGGUUAGCGAUAGGUUUUUAAAAUUGUAAAAUUUAAAAUUUAUUGAUGGUCCAUAUGCUAUUUAUAAAUGAUGAUUAAACAUUAAUAAACUAUCUGCUUACCAUUUAUGAGUUAUGGUUACUGUAAAGUGUUACCAACAUGUUGAAUGUCUUUUGUUAAAACCAAGAAACACAAAACUUAUGGUUCUGUUUAUUGUCUUUUGUGUUGUUUAGGUGUUGAUAAAGUAAAUCAUCCAUUUUUGUUCACACUGACAACUGUAAUCUCCAAAAUUGCUCAUUUUUGGCCUGUUCUUGCACAAGAAGCACCUUUACAGUCUGUUGCAUUAAAGGAGGUAGACAAAACAGGAUGCUAUAGUGCUAUUGGAUAAAAGCCCAUGUAUGAUUUUUAUGUAUUGUUUUUUCAAUAACUUUUGAGUUUGUUUACUAGGUUUGACCAAAAAUUAUACUUAUACAAAACAUUUGAAGAAGGUUUUUUCAUCUUUAUUGUGGAGGCAGAUGGGGCUUAGCCCUGCUGGCCUAUUUACACCAGUCACCCCUGAUGUAAAGUGAGUGGAUGAUUCUUGUACCUCCACUUUUACCUGACAACAGUCAAUUAAAGAAAUUCAUGAAUACAACGUUGAUGUUCUUUAGCCACUAAUUUACUACUUAAUUGGAAGAAAAAGAAACACAAAAUAAGAAGCAUACUAAAACAGCAGCCGUACAGGUAGACUAAACUGUGUAUUGGUGUUGUUCAAGGCUGUAUCAUAUAUUCUUUGUUGAUAAUCAGAGGAUAAGUCUAAUACUCAAUGAUUUGGUUUGCUGACUGAUACGAACACCAAUGUGUGUUUGUGUGUAUCUGUUUGGUCUGAGUAAAUUGGCUUUAUCAGAGCUUUAUCUGUUUGGUCUGCUGAUCCUCUCUUGAUCUCACUCUUCUCACCCUUCCUCUUGGUCUGUAAUGAUCAGAGCUGCACCUGAUGGAGGAUGUAUAAGCAUAUUUGCGAUGAUGUCAGCAGUAGAUAGGUUUCUACAGUGUGAUAGAAUAGAUAGAAUUAAGAAACACCGAACCAAAUUCAAGUAGAAAAUUCACUGAUGUAAACUGUUGGUAUGGAAUGGUAUGGUAUGUUGGAAUAUAUGUCCAGCUCUAGGUUACCUUUAGCUGGAACUUAACCUAUGUCAUGAAGAAUUUUAGAUCAGUGAUGUAUCUAAUUUAAGUCAGUAAAAUAUUCACAAUGCUUCAAGGAGAGAGCUGAUGAUCCAAAUUUAGCUCUACCAUGUUUAGAUUGAAGUUUCCAUUCACUGUGUUCCAGUCCUGUCUUUGUAUUUAUCUACACGGAAGUUUAGGAGCUGAGCUGUUAAUGCUUAUGAAAACAUUAUUGCACAAGACUCUUAUAUUUGUGUGACAGAAAAAAGAAAUAUACUUAAAUGAUUCAAAAGUGGCACAGUUUUUCUUUAAUCUAAAAAUAGAGAAGUUUUAAUCUUUGACGUUUCGAAACUGUUAUAAUCCUCAAACAGCCUGGUGGUUAGCUUGCAGUUUUGUAACACUUCAUGACACAUUGAGUUCUCUAGAUUUCUGAUGUGAUAUCUAUUUUCAUACAUUAAUGGUUGAAUGCAGUUAGUUGCCAUAGGUUUACUGCCUGGGAUACACACAGUCGUAAAGAAUCAUCUCUAUCAUCCAAGGUUUUCAAGUGGUUUGCAUCCACUUCAUAGAAAUAUGCAUCCAAAGAAAAGUGUCGUCAGUCCUGUAAAUAAAUCUCCAGAACCGAACACUCGGCUACAUUCAUACUGCAGGUUAUGAUGCACAGUUCGGAUUUUUUGUUAAAUCCGAUCUUUUUGUGCGGUUGUUCACAUUACAACAACGAAUGCGGCAUCAAAUGUGAAUGGAAUGCAUCUGUGAUGGGACCCGCAUGCGCACAAAGCACAAAUUGCUUUCCGCGCCUGUUUGUGUUGUCGAACAAUGGUGACGUCUGUCGCAUAUUGAUAACGUGUAGGUCGGAUGAACGCGCCUAAACGUCCUGCAGUCACAUCGGAUACAUAUCCGAUUUAUAUCUACAUACAAAAGAGGCCUGGGUCAGAUUUGAAAAAAUCAGAAUUGCACUGUUCACACUUACAAGAAAAAAUCAGAUAUGUGUCACAUAUGGUUAAAAAAUCGGAAUUGACCUGCAGUAUAAAGAUUCUACACCUGGCAUUCUACAACCAGCAUUCUAGAACCAAGCUUUUCAGAACCCAGCAUUCUAGAACCCAGUAUUUUAGAACCCUCCUCCACUGUUGCCAGGCUAAAAAAUUAUAACCAUUGAAUUAGAGGGUGUUUCUCUUUUUCUCUUUAUAACAACAUUUUGGACCCCAAAUCUGACCUGAAACAUUGUGCUAAAUAAUUCACAGCCGUUGGCAGGUGUGUACCAGCAGAAGGCAACACUAAAGUUGUGCCAGUGCAAAUGCAAACCAAGUGAUUUAACAAGUUCUUGAGUGUGAUGCAGCAUUUACAGUAUUUUAUGAAAAUAUUUCCGUCAGUUUAAGUUUUUUGAUGAAAACGACAAGUACAGCAUCUCAGUGAAAUCAGCUGCUGAGGACUUUGAUUGAAAUUUGAAGAAGCAUCCAACUAAAGACAGCUCCACAAUGCGGGUGCAGAGUGCUCCGACACAGAAAUGGCUAGCUUUUAACUAAUCUAAAACUGGUAUUGUCACUAUGAAGGAAAUGAACAAGCUUAUAGCUGGUUGUAUAGGAAAUGCUACUGAAAUCCACUGUAGUAUCUAUGUCAUGCUGUAUGGGCUAUAAAUAUACGACAUGCACUCUGAGUUUGAUGGGUCUUUAUAACUCAGAGACUUCAACAUGUUACUUUUACUGGUUAGUAACUUCAGAUAAUAAUGACUUUCCUUUAAAUGGUACAAAUGUUCUGGCGGGUGCACCAAUUUGAAAUCCAUCUUUUGGUCACUGUGUCAGAUUAAGCCAUCGCAGAGACAUACAGUUUGAGGAAUGAUGAUCUUUUUCUUGAUCUUCUAGUUUUUCAAGAUGCACUGGUAAAGUAAACAAACUUCAGAAAAGCUUGAUAAUGACCCACAUUGGGAAAAACUGAAAACAAAAUCCUGGCUGUGGUUCUUUUGGGAGUACACACAACAUGAGGACAGUCCUCAUGGGUAUAACAUGUGAGGGAGAGAGAGGGUGAGAGAGCCAGAGUUAAAGCAGCAGGAGGGAGUGCAGAGUGACAGUCAGGGAGGAGGGAGGGCAGGCAGCUCGUUCUUUCGAGCCUGUCUCUCCCUUUGAACCCAGGGAUCCCGCUCCCACCUGGACAUGUCAUCUGGCCUGCGCAGGAAGUGGAGGAGUGCCGUGCAAGGACUCAGGACUCUGCGGGGGACAGGAGAAGGGAAAGGAGGAGAAGGAGGAGGGAAAGGAGGAGGAGGAGGAGAAGGAGGAGGCGCUGUGAGUGAGAUGUUAUUUUUAGUCCCCCCCCCUCGCAGGGCUAAGCUAAUCCUCGGCUGCACAGCUUAUCAGGAUUGGAGGUAGGACACCAAGCAGAGAGGUCAGCAGUCACUCCUGUGGGAACCCUGCUCUGUCUGUGAUGCCAUUCGAACUCCCCAAACCGAGCCGGACCAUGCUGGGUCAGGACUCUGGCAGGCAGGGACGUGGUUUUCAUAAAGCAGAGGGGCCGAGCCUGCUGAUGGAGCCAUGAGUCUGCAGUGGCUGCAGACUGGCUGCUGGCACCGGUGCAGGCAAGCCAGGACGGGAAGGAUGGGGGUCUCAGACGGAUGCAGGGAAGGGGGAGGCGGCGGAGACGGUGGGGGGGCCAAAAUCCAGCUGAGGGGGCUGGAGACUGAGCAGCUGAAGGGCAGCCUGGUGGUCCUCUACGCUCCUGCAGGGAACUCCUGUCUGCUCCGACUGGUGGGACGAUGUUUGUAGAGUUUAGAUCAGAGUGAUGUGUGUUGUCUUGUGCUCAGAGUCUGCUCCAAUGAUCAAGAUCUGAGUCGGUGGUCAGGCGUAGGGUUAGUUCAGUAGUUUAGAGCGUGGCUGUAGAAGUUAUCUGUUUGUUUCUGAACGCUCACGAUUUCAUACUGUUGGUGAAUGAGUGGAAAGACCCUGGAGUCAGCAUCAUAUCUUGGAAUAGCCCUGUUCUGGUUUGUGUGUGAAAGUGUGUGUGUGAGAGAGAGAGCGAGAGAGAGAGUUUCCCUCAAACUGCACGCGACCAGUUCCUUUUAACUCUGGUCCGCUCUGCAUGAUGCUCGCAGCUUAGUUAUCGUGUCACUGGAGGAGACUGCUCUAUCUAACCUGCCUCUGUGAUUUUUACUUUCUUCAUAUUUUCAUCGCUAGAUAUUUUUGUCUGCCAGAUGGAUGAUAAUGAAAUAACCAGACCAACCUCAUCUCUUUUAAAAGCACUUUUGUAGAUAGGUUUAUGUUUUAUUCCUUACAGGGUAAGUCUAACAAAUCCUACUACUUUUUAAGAUUAUUUCACUUUCUAACUUGUAGUUCCUACUUCAUCACAGUCUGUUCUUAGUAACUUAAUUUUUUUAAUUUUUUUAAUUGAUUGCUGUUCUAACCUUGCUAUUGCUGAGCACUCCAUUAUAAUUUGAAAAGUGUUUCAUGUAAAAGGUUAUCGUUGUCUUCCUUUUCAUGCUCUAUUUACAGGUGCGUCUCAAAAAUUAGAAUAUUGUUAUAAAGUUAUUUUUAUUUCAUUAAAAGUGGUAAACUUUUAUAUAUUCUUUAUUUAUUGUAUUUUCAAGUGGAAUAUUUGAAAUAUUUUAUGUUAUUUUGAUGAUUAAUCUCUUAUAAUUAGAUUAUUUCCUUAGAUCCACUAAAAAAAAAAAAAUAGUGAAAUGUUCAACCUCUGGAAGGUAUGUUCCUUUAUACACUUAAUACUGGGUUGCAUGACCAAUAGGCAUACUUUUUAUCCAAGGUCAAUUAACAGUCUAUUUUAGGUCCAACAUUUACACAGAGUCACAUAUCAGUUUGAUGCUGUGUCACUAAAAUACCAGUGCUAAGAUUUCCUGACUCCUGAGAAUGCAUCAGUGAUAGAUCCAACCUGAAUCCAACAAGCAGGCGCCUCUCGCAUUGUACAUUGGACUCUAACAUGCAUGCAGUCCAUGGAAAAUUAAGUCUUGGCAUUGAAUGUUAUUUUUUGUUUACAGUUGGCUGCACCAUGAAUACAGAGAAGUUCACACGCUCUGCUGAUGGCAAAUAUGGCUCUCAGACAGACAACAGCUAAUUAGGUCUCAGGAUUGGUUCUUAAAGCUCCUGUGAGAAGUUUUUGGACAUCUUUGAGAUAAACUGAAAUCCAAAUAGAUGCCUUUUGAUGAUCUACAAGUCAAACAAAACCAUCAGCGAUGUGUCGUUGUCUCAUACAUAAAUACAUCUGUGUAUGCUUUUUUAAGGUGCAACAUCUAUCACACUUUUGCAUGUACGACCAUGUGUUAUGCGCAUCAUGCAAAAUUAUAUUCGACAUGGCACUUUAUAAUCGUGGGCAGCAGAGUAAUGUACAAUCAGCAUACACUUUAUAUUUCUGUGCGAUAAUUUGACAAUGUGCAAUAUAAAGAGGGCCUGAGCUCUCAGUCUACUAGCACUCACUUGGCACUUUAAUUAGCACUCCAGGACUUUAUGAUACACUGUGUAUAAUUACCCAGCCUGUUUUAUUUUGGACUGUAUGUCAUUAAGGUUAUCCACGGUUCAUGUAUGCUGCUUGUCUUUUCAUAUGCUCUGUGUGUUAUAUUCCUACAACUGAUGUUAGUUUUUUUUGUUUUAUGUGGGACAGGGGAUGGAAAUUAGCUAUCUAUAAUCUCAUGUAUUUACAAAUAUUUAUUAAUGCAUAUUGACCCAUUUUUAAAAAGAUAAAUAAAUCUCAAUCUCAGUGCAAGGGGGUUGAUGUCAACUGUAGCUAAGAGAACACCUUUUUUUUCCACAUGAAAUACUCACAAUAAAUGAUCAGCAGGAUGAGAUUUCUUGUCAGACGUACACUGUUCAAGCUUUUGCAAGACAAGAUAAGCACAGACUGUUUUGUCCACAAGACUGACACAAGUCGAAGUUUCUUCACAGGAGCUUUAAAGUUCUGCGAAGCAGCAUUAAAGAUAAAUUCAAUUACUUAAAAAAAUUCUAAUAGUAGAAAACGUGUACCUGUGGUCAACCAUCCAAACAGACCUGGCAGUAAACCUGCCCGUGUUUCUGACAUUUUACCCUCCUGAAGAAGCUCAAAUCAGCAAAGCAGAACUGAGUGAUAGGCUGACAAACUACUGAUGAGUGUUGCUGAUGAGGUCAACCUGCUGCUGACUGCUGGUUCUACCUUUGCAGUGUGUGUGUGUGUGUGCGCGUGCACGCAUGUGUUUGCGCGUGCAUUAUAUGAGGCACAGAGGACUCUGACACAUACUGAAGUUCACUGAAGCUUAGAUCAGCUGAUGGCAUUUUAACUCUGUGGUGAGACAGCAGAGAAAGCUGAGUGUGUGUCUGUGUGUGUGCGGUUUUGUGGGUUGUGUUCAUUUGUGGAGGACAGACAUGUUUGUAAAUGUCAGUCCUAACUGGGUUUUUUUUUUUUGGUCAUGUUUUGUGACCGGUCUUGGGUAAUACACUGUCUCCUUAUGGGUUAAUGUUUUAUUCAUGACGGGUUUGGUUUGCGCUGUUACUUUUCAUCAGUAUUAGAUAUACGGCUCUGUUGUUUUGGUUCAUGAAUAUUAAUAUUUACAGUAUAUGCUCAUAAUUGUGUGUGAGAGAGAGGGAGAGGGAGAGGAGGACAGACAUGAAUUUGUUAAACUCAGUGAGCAGACAUGGAAAGCACUAUACAGGAGCUAUUCUGGAGACAGACUGAUAUGGAUGUUUUGUGGCGGAUUUUGGACAGAGAUUAGGAAGGGACAUAUUUCAUAUACAGCCGAUAACAGAGAGUCUGGUAUUAAUUAUUACAGUUAUAAUUGUUUGCUUCUGUUAAAGUGAUUCAUUUAUAACUAAUACACAUAAAAUUGAGUAUCGAUGACAAACUUUUCAUACUUUAUUAGUCACCUGUAAAGUGAGCUGUGUCCUAUGCACCAGCGUGUCCAAUAACCCAGUACAAAAUGCAGAGAGAUGUGUUUCAUUGUGUGGCAGUGCUUCAUGGCUGAGUCUGGUUUGACUGUGUGAUUGAAUGAACCAGACUUUGGGUCAAGUGUGCUCUGAUGUGAAACCACGCUCAGUGACAGGGUCGAGGUUUGUGCUGGUAGCCUCUAACAGGAACUCUAAGGUGGAAUCAUGAUAUUAGGAUGACAUUUCAGGCAGGAAGAAGGUCAAUACUGCAGUGGAGGGAUGAUGAGUGUGCUAGUGAAAGAAGCAGCAGCCGGAGAGAGUUUGUCUGUAUAUUGAGUGCAAUCUGCAAUGACAAUAUUAAGUGUUAUAAUAGGAUAUAAGGUGCAGUAAAGAAUUACAUUAAAGAUCUCCACCCAACAGGUAAAACAUGCUCAUUUUUAAGAGGAAAAACAUUUAUUAUUUGUAUUAAAUAUUUUUUUCUUAUUUUUUGUAAUAAAUUCAGAUUUUUGCUAUCUGUUUAUUUGAAAUUAUGCAUGCUGGGAAAUUUAAGGAGCAGCCCUAGUCUGGAGACUGGUCUGAAUCUGGAGACUGUUAAAGGUAUAUUUCCUCUGAGCCCUCCACAUCAGCCGGACCAGAGUUUCAGAGACAGCUGCUUUAGCCUGAUUGUUGUUCUGCCUCAGGCCUUGGUCGUCACUGGCAGGUGCCUUCAUGUGGAACAGCAUUUUCCAAGGACAAAACUUAGCAAAUUUGGCUUUUUUAAAUUUAAUUGUGGCUUCACUGUCUCAUAUUCAGUCCAGUGCACCAGAAAUGAUGCUGCCAAAAUUAUCUAAGACAAAGAAAAGAGUAAAAUUUUCAGGGAUCAGGAAAAAAAUUAAAAAAUGCUUGCACAAAAUUUGGACUGACAAAAAAUGUACAGUGCCAGUCGAAUACUACACUAUAAUGAUUUGCCAGUAUUUACCAGCAUUGAAUGUGAAGAUAUGUUGCACAGUUGAUGAAGCAAGUAGCUGCCAUGGUUACGCUGUCUCCUUUUUAAUUUUUGUCAGAUUGGCAAACCAGCCAUGUGAUCACAAAGUUUGUUAUGGCGUUUUCUCACCUUUUUGCCAUUUUGCAACAGUUUUCCCUCAAUAAACAUUCAGCCAAUCAGCUCAGCGCUCUUUAUUAUUGCAGCUCCACCCACUCUGAUCACUGAAUGGAAACUGAGAGGCUGCAGAUCCUCUUUAGACGCAAGUUUUUGGAUGUUUUUUGAUAGCUGAAAACAAAACUUUGCUUUACACAAGACUAGGACAUGUUGUCAACAGCUUAAACAACAUUUUAUGGGUAGUUUAAUUUUUUCUUUACAACUUUUAAAGCUCAAAUAAUCAACCAAGUGCCUGUUCUGUUUGUUAGCUGCUGUAUGAGCAGAUUCUAGAGCAGGUGACCUUGUACUUAACCUUGUUUGUCGGUGUGAGCGAGUUCACUUGCCUGACUUGCCGUUGUUAAUCUCUGCAGACUGUCAGUACCUAGAGGGUUUUUGGUCAAGUCUCGGGGGACUUACUUUCUCUGACUCUGAAGUUCUGACGUUGGAAUAGAGGGAACUUCACACAAAAUGUACAUAAAAGGAGAUAAUGUUUGGCAAGAUAGUGAAAAGAGUAAAUGUGCAAACUUUUCUUAAAAUAUGUUUUGUGGAGUUUGGGCAGUUUGACUGUCAUCUGUGAAGUUCACCUGAGACUACAGUGUGACCAUUUUGACUCUCAAAGUGUGAGUUUUUUUGUGGGCUGUCUCAUAAAUGCUGUGUGCAGGUAAAGAAGCGCCUUUUUUUUUACAGGAAGUGUUGGUCAGAUUAGAAAGAAUCCUCAAUAUAAGAAAACUAGUAAAUCUCCUGGAAGUGAAAUGAAGACAGUAUAAGUAAAACUGUCAUCAUGUGUAAGUUCUUAUCAAUCCAGGCUGUUAAACCGGUGUGGGCGUGCUCACAUGCAUGCCAUGUUACUCAGCAGUGGAUGGAUCAGUGUGAGACAGUGAGAACUACAUGUUAAGGACAGGGAUUUAACUUCACCUGCAGGUUAAAUUCAGACAUGUUAAGGAUUUAUCUCCCUCAUCAGGGGUCUAUGGUGUAGUUUGUUUCUGCACUUUAGAAAGUUGUGUAUACUAUACACAGCCGUUCACUGUGUGUGUUUUUCUGCUGAGCGCAAACAGGGAAAUGACAGAGUAUCACUGAUGUCCUUAAAUACAGGUUUUCUGUAAAUGUGUUUACCUCCAUCAGUCUUAAGUAAUCCCAUUCACACACAGACGACACAGCCUGCGGGGACAAUUCGGGGCUAAGUGUCUUGCGCAAGAUCCCUUUGGCAUGAAGACGGCAGGACUUGGGAUUGAACCUUGCAGCUGAAAAAUGACCGAAUCUAUCACUUACUUGGCAUCUGCUACUGUUAUAAGCAUCACGCAGUUUUUUCUUUUUUUUCAAUGAAGAAUCAUAAUCAUGAUCAUUGAUAUUGAUAUCAAGCUUAUUAAAAUGAUUUUCUGUGACUUGAAAUCUGCAUCACAUGCAUUUAAGCUUCUCGAAACCUCUCUACAACUUCAAAAAACAAACUCUAUAUUUGGUGUAACUGUUAGCCACGUGACUCGGCUGUGUCCUCAGCUUCACCUCAGUCUGUUUUCAGAUCAGCUGAAAAUUAGUUGGAGUCAGCAUUUCCACUAUGGUGACCUUCAACUUCAGACUUCAUAGCAUCUUUUCUUACACAAGUGGAUGAUCACACUGAGGUUAUAUCCAUGUCUUUCACAGGAGAAAACAGCACUAAAUUUGUGUCUGACUGUCCCCUUAGAAAAUUUAACAGUAACAGGAGGAAGCAGAGCCACGCUGGGAAACAGAGCAGCUCUCCAUUACAGCCUCUUUCCUCUCAGACUUCCUCACUUUUCCGGUUUUCUGAUAUCCGUAUUUGUGCAGAGUGGACAGCCUCCAUCAGUGUUUGCAAGACUCACAGAGACAUAGAGAGACAGGUAGAGACAAAGACGGAUAGAGAUGGACAGUCAGAGAACUGAGGUAUUCAAGGAUAAGGUCAGAUGUUUGCUGCAGUAUUUGUCCAAUUAAAAAGCUCGCAGCAGACACACAGGCUCAUGUUAUUGACAUGUUUCUGACUGUUCUUUCACAGAGGUCAUUUCCCACACCCACACACACGCCCUCUCCAUGUGUGUGUGUGUGUGUGUGUGUGUGUGUGUGUGUGUGUGUGUGUGUGUGUGUGUGUGUGUGUGUGUGUGUGUGUGUGUGUGUGUGUGUGUGUGUGUGUGUUAAUCUGUGUUAGUCUGCCGACAGCCCACACAGAUCUCUGUGUUCUCAUAGUCUGAUUUGUUCAUGUGUGUCCAGUUCAUAUGUGUCUUUAGCCGAGUUGAGGCAGAUAUUUACUGCAGGUGUUUACAAAGCUGUUUUUAUUGCUGUAUUGAUCACAAAAGACUUACAGCGGAUUAUAAAUUUUUUAUUAAGGGACAUUAAAACAUAACUCAUUUGUACAAACAUUGAAAAGUCUCUCCUUAAAGGUCAUGCUUACACAAAAAAAGUGAAAAUUCAAAGACAGAAAGUCUGGAUAAGUCCUUUUUUAUAGGUUUUUCAUUUCCUGUUCAUCAUUAAACAACAGUUUUGUUUUUUUUUUCUGUAGUUUGGACAUAAAAUAAACGUAGUAAGAAUGAAACACAUGAAUGCAAAAACAUAGAAAAACGUACUAAAAGAAAAACAACCACAGCUCAUUUAUCGUACAGACAGAGAGCAGAGUUUCUGCAUACUUCAAGAUCAUCAACAACAAUUUAGUAAACAUGCACUGAUGUACUAUGGCUUAAUCUCUUUUGAUAUUAUGUCAAAUAUAAUGUUCAGUACAAGUCUACUAACAAUGUGCAUCCAAAAUUAAAAUGUUGACCAGUUAUUAAUGUCUAGGAGUUUGUUUUUGUUUCUGUGUUAUAAUUAUUUAGUGUUACAUUAAAUUAAAUUAAAGCUCAAAUUCUCAUUUUGUGACGUCUCUGUUCCAUAGAAGUUAUUCAGCAUGUAGUACAUGGAGUAACCCUCUUACUGUACUUAAACCUCUGAAAACACAGAUCACAUAAAUAUUUAUGCACCCUGGUCAUGUGUGUACUGAUGUAAACAGACAGACAGACAAAUCAACAUUGGUUCAUUACCCCCAAAACAGCAGAACUCCAUAUAGGACGGAUAACACCACUCCAGUAAUUCUGCCGAUAAUGCUGCUUUUCGCAUCAUGUUGCAUCUUAUUUUGGUUUCGUUUGUCAUGCCUGUUGUUUGUCCUUUUGGUUUCAUAUGAAGCAGCUUUCUGCGUUUAUCUGUGGAUUUGAUUGUUUAGAAAUUUGGCUGAGAAGACGCUUUUCUAUUUGUGACAACAGUUGAAUUUUUCAGUAAUGUUUGCAUUCAUGCCUUCUGCAAAAAGUGCCACUAAAGUGUUAAUGCUUUGAAACACUUUACCUGUGUAGGAUGCAAUGAUGCCGUCAUUCAUGAUCAUCAAUGCAGAUCUAAAAUUACUGAAUGGUGAAUGUGUGUGUGUGCAUUUUUGUUUAUAAAAGUCUCCUUUUUGCCUGUGAAGUUUACCCAUGUCUAAAAGUGUCUGAGUGUAGAAACAAACAGUAAUCACAGCAAAAAUUGUGUUUUAGUAAAUAAAGAUACAACAUUUGGAUGCUGCCUCAGUAUUAUUAUUGUCUUUGUGUCUUUGUACUGUCAGUGAUUAGUGUGAAGAGCAUUGUGGGAUGUUUGUGUGUUUGUUUUAGAGCUUGUUUUGUACUGAUUAUCUUUACACUGCUGAAUGAAGUCUGUAUCUGAUGUGAGUAACCAUGCUGUGUUUCUGUGUUUCCUGCAGAGCUCGGGGAUGGAGGAGACAGUGUGGGAGCAGUACACAGUCACUCUGCAGCGGGUGAGUUCAGUCAUCAAACCUCAUGUUAAAACAACAGUCAUCCAUAUAUUCAUCAGCCUGGAGCAAAACUUCGCUUUAAUCAGCCCCCCAGAAUCUGCAAACCUAAUCUGGAUUUAGGGAAACAUUCAAGACCUAAAAAAGAACAGCAAACACAACGUGAAAGAGGAAAUCUUCCAAACUCUUUAAUGAGAAACCUGCGUUUUACCCACUCUCAAGGCCAUGACAUAACCAGCCAAAAGGAUCCACGUUUAAUCACUUCUGAGCGAAACACAAAACUAAUUAUUUCUCCUUAGUUAUGACACACUUAAAGUGUUCGGCAUCGGUGGGAAAAAUCACUGUUGUCUCUAAGGUUGGACUCCUGCAGUGAAAAUUAACACAAACUAAAAAUAGACCCCUCCAACCCAGCUGACCCCCCCUCAGGCUGCUCCACCACUUACAUCCACACCAUCAGCCCUGUCUCUGUUUGUAUUAAAACUGUGAAAAAAGUAGGGAAAUCUUAUCGUUUUAUCAUCUCGUUGAUGAUUUAACAUGGUUUGUGCAGGAAUUUGGCAAGUGUGACAAACAGAGUGUUUAAUUAGUUUUCUGCCUGUGGAGACAGAAAGCUUAAUCAACCAUCAACCAAUGACAUUUGCAUGACAAAUUAAGAGUUUGAUAUUUGAAUAUUUUACUGAGAACAGGAACUUUUAUGUUUCUAUUAGCUCAGACUAAAAACAGGAAUCAUCCCCUUUAGAGCUUCAAGAAACUCGUACUUAGAAGUCAUCUUUGAAAAAAAAUCCCCAUUGUGACUUUUUUGAGAGAUAAAAUCACAAUUCAAUUAAAACCACUUUAGUCAAAGAGAAUUAUUAUUUUCCUGCAAAAGUCAUAUUUGUCAUAUUAAAGUCAUAAAAGCAACAUAGCUUUGCUCACAUUCACAUGCAUGUGUAGAAUACCAAAGACCAAGGCCUCUUUCACUACAUACAUUAAAGGCCAAGGCAGGGAGCUGGGGUGGAGGUGGGUUAAAAAGCAAUUUGUAUAGAGACAGGCUGAAGAAGUUUGAAUAGAACCUCAAUUUUAGCAUUUGACAAUUGCAUGCAUAGAGAGUAGCAGAGCAGUCAACUGAUAUGCACAGCCAUUAAGGAGAGCUGGUGUACUGUGGACUCAGCUUGACUUCAUGGCCUACCUGAACUGACACUACACGUCAUUUGUGUAUGAUGACUCUUCUUACUUGUUCUUACUGGAAUCUGAAAUAUCUCGCACAUGCAGGAAAUACCUUACAUUUGUUACUGAGGUGUGAAAGUUUACCUUUUUGAUAUAAAGUGUGUGAUCAGAUUGUCUCUGUUGUUAUGGGCUUUUGACCCGACAGGUUCAAGUAUUUUACAUCGCAGGAUAAAAGCAGUUUUUGGCAGGACCCAUACGCCUCAUCACAACUUUAAAACCGUUAUUAGCCUCUUUGUAAAUUUCUCUUCAGAUACAAAGUCAAGAUGGCUCAGUUUAAAUAUGAGUAAAACUGUAUGUAUCGAUUUCUCCUCUGGCAGGACUCUAAGAUGGGUUUUGGUAUCGCUGUGUCAGGGGGACGCGACAACCCCAACGUGGACAGUGGAGAGACGUCGAUCAUUGUGUCAGAUGUGCUGCAGGGAGGACCAGCGGAUGGAUUACUCUUGUAAGUCUGACAGAAACACACUUCAGUGAUUCAUUGAAAAUAAUUUAGUGAGAUUCCUCCAGUGCACUGUACAGAAAUCAUUGAUCCGUUACAAGUUAUGACUGUUCUGGACUUAGAUUCAAUUUCAUCUUAAGACAAUGAAUCCUGUUUCAUGUCACACUUGACAGAGUAAGUUCUUUCCAAAAAUUGUUCCUGAAGUUUCACAAAAAUUGACCUCCUGCAAAUGAACUAUUGCUCAAUGGGCUAAAACUAGCAUAAUGGUAUUAAUACCACAAUCACCAAUGAUCUUUUUAUACCCACAAACCCAAAGAGCCAUCAGUGAUUCUACAAAACUUCAUUUAUUUUUAACUUGAUGAUUUAAUAUAAACCAUCUCUUUUUUGUGUGCGUGUGUGUCUUUAUUUGUGCAGCGAGAAUGAUCGGGUCAUUCAGGUGAACUCCAUCCCCAUGGACAACGUGCCUCAUUCCUUUGCUGUGCAGUCGCUUCGAAAAUGCGGAAAAGUGGCCAAAAUAGUGAGUAUGAAAAUCACAUUAUGAAAAAAUGCAAUUGUGUUUGAUGGUUCUAAAACUUAAAAUAAAAUGAAAUAAAUUAAAUGAAAUCCUGAUAUUGUGGUUGAAAGAGUUAUUUUGGGGAAACGGGAUUGUUCUCUGUAAAUGAACCACUACUGGAGUUGUGUGUUCAGUGUGUUAGCUAUUUUCUUGAAGCCCCAAAUAUUGAUAGGAAUAGGCUGUUGUGUUUGUUAUUGUUAAAGAGGAUUGAGUAGACCUGCCUGUUUGCUUUGCCUGCUGUUUUCUAAGUUUCCAAUCCAAUAAACAUUCAGUCAUAUCCAGUGAAUGUCUCAUUUCAGCCAGCUAGCUGUACUCUGCCUGUGUUUGUGAGCGUGUGUUUGUGUAUGUUUGCACACAGCGCUGGCUCUGUAAACAGUAAACAGAGUGGCUUGAAGCAAGACACACACCACGAUCCCAGCCAAUUAGCAACAGGUGGUGUUCAUGCACUCUGACUUCUGACCUCUGCUGGCUUCUUUCCUGCCUUCUAGCCUUCAUCUUCACAGACAUUGUCUCACUAUGACAGUAAUUAACCCUGAAUGACAGUCAGACCACCCAAACAACUUGGCAGGAAAACAUCAUACCUGCUUCAGCAUGUUUCACUGCCAAGAAUAAAACAUGUGCCAACUGUAUUUUAUCAAGCAAAAACAUUUCCUCCUGUUAUAAAACCUCACUUUUUCUCAGUGCUGCAGACUCCUCAUGUUGGCUGCAUUCCUCAGGUGUUACAGUUAUUUACCUGGCAGUGGGAAUUAUGGGUUGGAAGCCAUUUUCUCUCUUCUAUCAGUAACUAAACAGUAGCAGACAGGCAGCAGCAGCAGGUGAAGAGUUUGCAGCAAAGGAUGAACCGCCAUUUCUUCCCACACGUAUAGGUAUAGGUCAAAGUUAACUUUUUUUAUAAUUAUCUCUACACUGUGUGCAUAAUUAGUGUAAGAUAAGGGCUUAUCUCAUGUCAUCUCAUAUCGUCUCGUCAUGUCAUGUCAUGUCAUGUCCCGUCAUAUCAUGUCAUGUCAUGUCACGUCAUAUCAUGUCAUGUCGUGUCGUGUCAUGUCAUGUCAUGUCAUGUCCCAUCAUAUCAAGUCAUGUCAUGUCAUGUCCUAUCAUGUCAUAUCAUGUCAUGUCCCGUCAUGUCAUGUCAUGUCAUGUCAUGUCCCAUCAUAUCAUGUCAUGUCAUGUCAUGUCCUAUCAUGUCAUGUCAUGUCCCGUCCCGUCAUAUCAUGUCAUGUCAUGUCAUGUCAUGUCCCAUCAUAUCAUAUCAUGUCAUGUCAUGUCAUGUCAUGUCAUGUCACACAGAUGGUACUUGGGUGUCCCUACAAAAGAGAAUUCUACAUCAUUUCACAUUAAAAUUUGUAACCACAUAAGAUGAACACACCCUACUAUUGAACCAGAAUCUCUUUCCUAAAGAAAGACCUACCCUCCUGCUUCCUCUGCAAACCACUUUACAACCUGCCUCCACCUCAGCUCCUCCUUUUAUCAGUGUCACUUGUAUUGUCUCUGAUGUCUGCUCCAUUCAGUACCUUGGGGGUCUUUGCUGCUGCUCUCCCUGCCAUGUUUUUUUAUGUGUUCUCCUGCUUUAUCAUGUGAUAUAAAGCAUUUUAUUCAAAUUUUGAAUUUUACUAUUUCUUUUAAUUAGACGGUGAAGAGACCGCGUAAAGUGGCGGUCCACUCGCUGAAGCAGCCCCCCUCCCCGGGUGGAGACAGUAGGGACUACACCCCCUCCACCCACUACUACGAUGCGGACAAUGACAACGGGUGGUAUCGUAAUGAGGGAAGAGACCACACCUCUGACAGCAAAGAGUACCUGGACCCCGACUACAUGGGGGGACGGGACUACAACACAAGAGGUAGGAGCCGAGGAAGGAGCACGGAGAGAACCUCCCCCAGCCCCGACAGGUCCAGAAGAGACGGCAGCCGGGGGCGAGCACUUGACACCAGUGCAGAGCGCCAAAGGUACCACAGCCGAGGACGCAGCCCUGGAGAUAGCUACCGUAUGGAGGAGAAGUAUGAGCGAGGAGAGGGAGGAGGAGGAAGAGGAGGGAGGUACAAGAGCAGGGACAGGCUGAAUGACAACCCUCCAUCUCCAGAACCUUCUAGAGAGCUGGAGCCGCUGGAGAAACCCGUCAAUGUCCUGCUGGUGAAGAACAGACCCAACGAAGGUGAGGGAUAAAGAAGGAUUCCUUUAAACUCUUUUUUUGUUUCUUUUUUCAGUGUAGCAUAGCGGAUGUGUCUGUAGAUGAAUUAUUGAUCAGUCACCAUGGUCCAGUUUCAGUUUUUCAGGAUCUACUUAUAUAGAUCUCCAUGAACCUCUGUUUAGAUUUUUAUGGUUCUUUGUGGAUUAACAGCAACAGCUUUGGUGGCUACAUUAUACUUUGUUUUGGCCACUAGAGAAUCUGACAUCUUGUUCGGAUGAUUGACUCUGUAUAAAAAGUAAAUAUAGCAGUAACAAUAAGAGAAGCUCUCUGAAACGUAAACAGUCGACAAAAGCCUCAAAGCUGAGUUUCCAUCAAGUUGCCCAGCUCAGCUUGGUGCUAUAAACAAUUAUUUGCAUUUCCACUGUUAGAGGUUCGGAAAGUUACCAUGACAACUGAUCUAUACAAUUAAACUACAACUUCUUUGUCACUUCUUUGUCGAGGUACCAAGCAUAUCUCUGUGCUCAGACUGCAGUCAGUUGAUUAGUUAAUCAAUCCUUCCUUCCUUCCUGUGUGACAGGGUGAUAAUUGACAAACACAAACGUGCUUUUCUUGAAAUCCCUCAGGCUUGGAGAGAGUUACUUAAAGGCUGUUUUCAUCCUCCUGAGCAGUCACAUGGCAGGGAGAAAGAACACAGAAUGCCGCCAUAUGGUGUAUCUAGAAGGACUUUAAACAUGGGCCUGUCUCGCAUGCACAGCAACAUAAACAAGAUAUUGAUGGCACACUUUUUUGUUCUGAUGUUUUCAUUUUCAUGAUACAUCAAGAUGCCCUGCACCGUUUAUUUCCUUUCAAACUAUUGGUCUGGGCAAAAUUUCCUUCUGAGACACUUAAAUAUUUACAACCUGUCUCCACCUCAGUGCCAUAUGUAUUGUCACUGGUGCCUUUCCUGGGGGUCUUAUGUACUGCUCUUCCCAUCUCAGGCUUUGGCAUUUCAAGUCUGUUGACAGGCAGUGAGCUCUCAGAACAGGGCCAUACCAUCAAGUAUGAGUUACUGAUGACAUUUGCAAUCAGAGACCUCAACAACCUGCAAGCUUUUAUUGAUGUAACUUAUUUUCACUUUGGAAAUAAUCUUACAACGCUCAAUGGGGUUCAGUCAGAUUGUACGUACCAACACUGAUUAUAAAAGUAGUAUUGUGGACAUGCAGUCUGUGACCUAAAUGUAAGCUUGAUCUGUUAGAAUUGGUUAAUUAAAAUAUUUCAUACUGUUGUUUGGUCCCUACUUUUUGCAGAAAUCACCUCCACUUGUAAUAUAAGUGUAAAUGUCGUGUGUAUUUUGUGUAUUUUGUAGAGUAUGGUCUGCGUCUGGGGAGUCAGAUCUUCAUCAAACAGAUGACGAGCACCGGCCUCGCUGCCAAAGACGGAAACCUGCAGGAGGGAGACAUCAUUCUCAAGGUGCACAAACUUUUUUACACUGCUUUUACAAAAUCACAUCUCACAUGAACGGUAUCUGCAUUUUCUCAAGUUUUCAAUAGUAUUGGUCUGCAGAGCUGGAGGUUUCAGUUUUAGGACUGCAACCUUAGAACUGCGUCUCUGGGACCCUGUGUUGUUGCCAUGGUAAUGGGUAUAAAGAGGGCAAUUAGGGGCCUCCUCAGUAAUUAAAAAUGCUUGUUACAAAAUAAAAAUAGCAACAUUACUUACUUAAAAUGAAUAUAGGACCCUGAAAAUACUCUGUGACGUGCAAAGUCUUCAUCUAAAAUCAAUAUAAAAGACCUGAAUCACUUUUUCUACAUAACUGAAGGAUGUAGUGGUCAAAUAAACAUCUCUGUGUGUAUCUGUGUGUGUGCAGAUCAACGGGACAGUGACAGAGAAUCUCUCUCUGCAUGACGCGGGGAAGCUAAUCGAGAAGUCGAGGGGGAAGCUGCAGCUGGUGGUCCAGAGAGACCGCCGCCAGAUCCUAGUGCGCAUCCCUCCCCUCGCAGACUCCGACUCUGAUAACGACGGUAAGUCCCUGAAUACACCACAUGAUGUGUACGGAGGUGUGUGCAGAAUUGAUCCUGUGUUAUAAGCAGAACAGUGUCUCCCACAGACGUUGGCACUUCUGAGGGGAGGUGAUCGGUGUCUGUCUGUUUGUGACCUUUGAUUUAACCUUUUUUGUCGGCAAGUUUUGAGCCUGAUGUUACUCGUUUUUGAUAACCAGGGCCCGCUGCAUGAUGAUCUAACCAGAAAACCUCACUAAGAGAGGUGAGUCUGUGGGAAACACUGUAAGUUGUGGAUGUAAAACUCUGAUGUAGGCAAAGAUAAUGCAGAGUUAGGUUUGGUUUUUCAGCUUUUAAGAGUUGUCUUGCAGAGUUGAGUUGUAUCAGGCGCUCAUGGAAAUCAAACACAGACAUUCUGCACAUUCAAUAUAUGGAGGUUCAGCUUCCUCAGAUGAUAUGUCAUUAUUGUCUUAUUGCAGAUAAAUUACAGUUCUCUCCGAAAUGUUAGAAGCUAGUGGGUGAUAUAAAAUAUUACAUCAAACAUAAAAUAUUCCAAUUGUACGCUUAAACCUCAUUUAUCAGAGUGCAUAGUUUAGUCCUAAUCUAGAUUUUGAUUUAGUUUCAGUCGCCUUUCUUAAACUGUUCGUCAUUAUUUGAAGAUGUAUAUGUUAGAUUAAAGGGAAAGGACUCUCUAAUUCAUAGCAUCGCCUCUCUAGGACAGUGAGGAGGUCUUAGAGUUUACAGUAUAGCAGUUCACAAAGUCAUUUCUGCUUGAGCUGUAACUUUAAUAACAGGAAUAAAGUCCUAAAGCUUUAAAUCUACAGUUACCCAGUAUGUUACUUCAUUUAUUUCCAUAGAUUCAUGAUUUAUUUUAAUGUAAUGUGGUUCUAAUCCUCCAUCAAAGCUGUAAACUAGUGGACAGUAAGGCAGAAAGACUGAGCUGACCGUUUAUAUUCAAAUACAUGUGUAUCUUAAUUCAUCAGACCUCCCUUUAGUCUGUCUUAUAGCCGCAGUGAGCCAUAAGAUCUGUCUUGUCUUCUUACUCUGUGACUGAGGCUGUGGUGGGGUUAAACUCAGGUCACGAAGGAUUCACCUCAGGAAGCUUAGCUAGAUUACCAAGAGAGCCAAGAAAAAAACACGGAAACAAAAGAUUAAGUGAAAGAAACAUUUUUGUUGCUCUCAGUUUAUGAAAAAAUUCUCUGAAGACACUUUCUAAUUAACUAAAGCUCUCAAAGGGGCACUAAUCCAUUUAUUUAUCCACUAUAAGAAUCUCUACAGGCUGAGGCUGGAUUUUCUUCUCACAAUCACAGUCAGAGCUUUAAUACAUCUUUGCAAAAGCCACAACAACCAUGCUUUUCCUUGAUAACACUGUAAAUACUUUAAAACAGUUAUAAAACUUGAGGAUAUCAUUAUUUUCAUGCAUAUUUUUAUGUCAUGUAUUGAUUUCUUAUUGAAAAGUAUUAAAGUUCUUGUGCAAUGUUUAAGAAAGGUAAUUGAAAAAGUUGCUGAGUGACACACUCGAGCCUUGGUACAAACGCAGCAUGAUAAAUAAAAGGAUUUGUAAUUAAAAUGCUCUCAAGAAAGAUUUCAGCUGGUUUCUGGAGACAUCCAGUUAAAAAUAUGAGGCAUCCAGGCAGCUAUAAAUACCGUCUGAACCGAAGCAGUCUUGAGUUUCUGCAGCUGCUCAGAGAAAAGACAGAGAGAAAGAGACAGAGAGAGGCCAGCAGCAGGUCAGGAUUGAAUCAGGCUUGAAGACAGCCAGGAGAAAAUCUGAAACGUAGACGAUCAUUUUGUUUGAGAAGUGCUCAUCUUGACCCGUAGAGGCGAUCCCUGUCAUCGCUCAAAAGCAUCUCUGUCUGUGUUUUCUCUUCCAGAUAAUAUGUCAUACUUUUAGAUGAAGGACCAGCGCAGACACAUGAUGUGUAACAAUCUGUUGCCUUCUUUCUCUAAAACGGCUGACACACACCCUGACUAAGUCGUAAAGCUUUCACACCUUUUGCACUUCUCUUUAUACUGCUUCAGACUUAAACUUUUUAAUACAUGAUUCAUUUUCCUGAAUAAAUAAAUAAAGAAACUUUUUAAUCACUAUAUACUUUGAACUGUGUGAUUCAUUCAGUAUAGAGGUUAAAAAAAUUGAACGAGGGCUGUGAGAUAUGUUUUUAUCUGAACGUUGAAUCCUGAUGCUGCAGAAAGAAGGUGAUGAUUUAUCUUUGUGAACACAGAGAGUUGCAUGACAAAGCCUGGCUCAUAAAGUGGGUAAGAUGUUCAUUGAAUAUCAGUGUGAUAACAUAUUAAUGAUUUGUCCUAACAGCGUAGAAACUCGCCGUUGUCUGUCCAGGUGGUAAAUCUGAUCUUCCUCUUCUCACUGCUGUCUCUCACUUCAUUUUUAUUUCUCACAAGCAUACUCAUACUCAUACAUGACGCUGCUCUCAAAAAUCACUGCACUCAAACAUCCCCCGUCUGACUCCCCCUGUACUUUGUGGUCUCUGCGACUCUAAAUAGGUGACUUCUACGCAAUCAGACAGAUUUUACAACCAGAGUAUUCGCCCCCUGCUGGACAUUAAAAAGGAUACAACUUUGACGUCUAUUUCUUAACCUGCUAAAAACUCCUCACCCUAGCUUUAAAUCGUGGUAUACAGUGUAUGUAUAGUAAGUGUGUGUUCAAUCCUGUGACAGAAGCAGAUUUCAUGGUAACAAUCAAACUUAUAUGUUGAAAACCUUAAUGUUUUUGAACCAGUUGAGGUCAUUUUUUCACCAUUAUCAUGCAGGAAUUUUGUUAAAGAUUCUUUGAGGAGUUUUUUAUUUUAACAAAAUAGACGGAAAUUAAUAUUGAAGCCUUUCUAUGAUACCUGACAAGAUUAAGAGGAAGAAGAGGAACUUUGUUGAUACCCAAAGGGAAAUUCAAGGAUUUUUUAGACACUAAUUUUAAUGCCUGAAACCAGUGUGUGGGGGAUAGGUGUCUGCUAAAAAAGACAGCUCAGUUUUUACUAUUUCUGAAAAUAUACACAAUAAACUAUAUACAGUAUUUGACUGCUCAAGCAUGUAAAGGUCAAUAAAAGCAAAGACCGCUUCAUCCAACAGGCACAAACAAAAAGUUCCUUAAAGCUUAAACAAGAAGCAAGGAACUAGAUCACUUCACUUUAACUAUUUUGAUAUUACUCACAUUCACAUGCAGAGUGUUUCAUUGGACUUAAAACCGAAUUAUUUGUUAUCAAUUUUGUUUUAUAGUCUUUGGCUUAAAGUUGAUCGUACAACUGAUCUUAGUUGAAGGUAGUAGCCUUCAACUUCACUGGUUUAGUAGAAGUAUUAAAAACAUAGAUUAAAAGUAUUAGUACAUGGCUGUAUUUUAAACCCUUUCAGAUGACCGUGUUCUAAAUAUUAUCAUCUACAGCAUGAAAAUAACUCCAUCCACUGAGGAGAAUCCAGGGUUAACAAGGUCAAACUCUUAAAAUGUCAGCCAAACACGUUCCUGAAAAUAUGACAGCACAUGGAGCAGAUUUAGCCUCGUGCUGCUUCUGCAAAUGUGCACAAAUUAAUCCUUCAAAACUGACUCUACAGAAUAGACCUGUAUCUAUCUAUCUAUCUAUCUCGGUGCUUUUAGGAGAUGCAGAAGAUAAUCAUGUAUGUACAAAACCUGGGUAUCCUUCGCUGAACUCAUUCUCCACAUGAAAAGAACUAAAAAGAUGAAUAAUUUAAAAAAUAAAGUGUGUUUUUCAUAUUUUUUUAUUGAAAUUUGUUUAUAAAAAGAUUACAGGUUAGGAUUUACAGUUAAUUCUGCAAUCAGACCCCCAAAUGUUAAGUUUUUCCAGUGAUUUAGGCACAUUGCUAUCUGAAGUCCAUUAAAGAUACUAUUUAGAAGCUUGUCAGUCCAGUGGUUGUGUUGAAAACCAAGAAAAGACAGUUUAUGUGUCUCACAGUGACAGAGCAGAGAGUUGUGGAGCAGCUGAUACCGCACACGCGUGUUAGUGUGAAUUUGUUGGUAGUCAGCAUGUGUGCUGGCUCUGGCGGGAGAUGAGGAGUGGUCGCUCACCUGGAAAUUCCCAGAUGCUCCUCUUCCACUCAGAUUCUGAUCCAAACACUCACACAGGUGAAUCGUUGAAAAAUAAACAUGAAUGACUUAAAAGAUAAAGUACUAAAAUCCACUCAGGGUGUCAUUCUCUGCUGCUCUAACCUGAAACAAAUGAAUAAAACAAAGUAAAGUGUAGAAGUCCACCAGCAGCUACAACACACUGGAGAUGAAGCUCUCCUUUAAGGGUGAUUCUGUAUCUUUAAAUCUGGGUUUUGAGGUCUAAACGAGAAUGAUGUCGGUAAAAGGUUUAAGAAUCGCUCCUGAAGCUUGCUUCACCUUUUGAUCCUGGAGGGCUCAGAUUGUUAUUCUAACAUCAUAGACAGGAUCCCUACAGAUAUGGGCUUUUAAAUAGAAAUCAAAUAAGAAAUCAGAUAAGACGAUAAUUUUUGCACCAGAAUGUGAUACACAAGCAGAAAUUAUAGUGUAAUUGGUAACUGGUGAUAAGACAAGCAUAUAAUUCACACUGCCAACUUGUGUUUGGGCUUCAUGAUUGAGAGUGACAGAGACUGAAUGCACAUGUAUGUCGACCUCAUGACAGCAUAUGCCACCAAGGGAUCUGUAUAAACCAGGCUCAGUGCCAGAUAGAGGACAAAACUGUCACACAGGGCGUCAUGUGUCUAUGUGUCUUUGGGUCAGUGGUUUCAUGAUUCUGAAAUGGAUAAUGAAAACUGAAAUUUUUCACUUCAUUUUAUAAAAAAAGAAAAAUCUAAAUAAAAAAACAUGAGUUGAUUUUCUUUCUCAUGGUCCAAAACAGAGGAGCAAGAGUUUAAAAAUGUUUAAAAAAAAAAGGUAUUUCUUGAAGAAGGGGCUCAGUUUUGUUAUGGAUAUCUCACUGCUACUAAUGUGGUAGCUAGUAGAAGAUAAGCUUUAUUUAGUUUGUUACCUGCUUGUUCUGUUUAUGUGACGCAGUUUGGAGUCACUCUGAAUCAAACGACCAGAAGAUAGUCAGUCCGUCAUUGUGAAUUCAUUUUGCUGCAUUAAGAUAAACUGAACGAACAAGAAACGUGUCCCACUACACCACGGGGCUUAAAUGUAGAAAUGGUGGUACUGCAUACCAAGAUGUGUCAGCCUAGUGAAAGCUCUACAGUGUACAGUCACUGGACUUUUGGUAAUUUAUUUUAGAUCAUUUCACAGAUAAAAAAACUUGCAGUAGAACGUAAGCAAAUGCCUAAAUUACUAUUUAUUUGCCCACCUGUAGAAGACGGACUAAAACUGUCAGUUUCAUGUCAACACUCCGUCCAAAUUUGUCGCAGUGAAAUAGACUGAAGUUUGUUUUCUGAUGUAACAUUUGGACACACUCUAUUUGACACAAUCUCCUGACAUUUCUCUUCUUCAUUCGUCUCUUGUUUCACAUUCCCUUUUCUCUAUUUAUAGAUGUCUUUCUCACUUUUCGUACUCUGUUUCCAGCCCUGCAUGCAGAUUGUCUCUCUAACCCUAAUCAAACUAAUUAACACCUACUAGACUGUGUCAUGUGAAACCGGCCGUGCCUCUCUGACCUCUAACUGCUGUUAAAUUAAGGGUAAAACAAUCUGCUUAAAGCCGUGAUGAGAUGGAGCAGUCCUGUUUAAGUUGACAGAGCUGCUGGCUGUUAAAGGGGACUGUCAUGGCGUUAUGUUUCCAGAUUUAUCUCUGCUCUCUUUUAUGUUGUCGUUUCACACCUGAGUCCUCAGAUGUGUCUUUUGUUUUUUUUUUGUUUCUCAGCUUCCUCCUCCUCCCUCUCUCUGCAGAGCGGUGAGCUGAGUGCCACGCUCUGACAGAUAAAAGCAGCUACAUCAAACACUCUGCCGCCCCUGUUCACGUCAAUAAUAAAAAAGGAAUCACAGAGGCUGAAUGAAGGCUGAGCGGUCUCUGUAGACAGCAGGAUUGUGUGUAAGCACUUUCAGCCUGCUUGUUUCGAAGCUAUAAAGCAGUAUGGAUGCUCUCAUGUGGUCUGAGCCACCCUCAUGGAUCCUUAGAAAGCGUCUUUAGGAAGUUUCUAAAAAGGGAUUCACUCGCCUGAGAUUUACUAUAUCCAUUUCAAGCUACAACAUACAUUUCUUUUUCUACCACUUAUCAAGGUCACAAAUACUGCAAGAUAAAAGUGCAUCUCCUCCAGGAGCUGGAUGGUUCCUGUGGUCCAUUGUUAUUUGUAGGUCCACCAUGGCUUGAAGUUACAUAGAGACCAUGCAUAAUUGGCAUGAAAGCUGUCUUACUUUCAUAGACUGUAUAUACUAUGGACAACUUUAUUCCGCCUUCCGCCAGUAUAUGGAUUUGAAGCCAAAAAGCUCUUGGUAAUUCUGUGAUUUUUUUUCUCCACUUCCCGAAACCAACAUUGCGCAAUAGCCUUGUACGUACUCCAUUUGCGCAGUAACAUUGUGCGCAUUCAGCGGGAGAGUUGCCGAGAGUCACUGUGAUGUAAGGUGACCAGACGUCCCCGAUUUCCGGGGACAGUCCCCGAAUUGAAUGACCUGUCCCCGGCAAAAGCUGUCCCCGAAAACUUAAGCGUUUCAUGAAUGAGAACAAAAAUGUUACGUGUAGGCUCGAACAACGGUUAUUACAGUAGCCGAAUGGGUAGGAAGCACAAGUAAGCAGUCCCGAACAACAGUUUUUACGGGGGCUAUUACAAGGGGCGUGCGCUGCUGCAAAAUAGUACCGAGAUGUCAUCUGUGAUCACGCACCAGAUGUCCCUGGAUUUCAUUACAGAAAUCUGCUCCCCUUACUGUGAUGACGCUCGGCUCAAAGAGCAUAUCCCCCGGGUGAGCUACGCAAUCUUGGUACGCCAAUAGGCUGUAUCAGGUGUCAAUCAUAGAAAACAUGAACCCCCUAAUAACUUUUAAAAAUGAAGCUGUACAGAAAAAAGAGGACUUGAGGACAAACCAGUCUUACUGUAAUUGCAUGUCAACAUCACAAGCGGGGGGGGGGGGGGGAAUUCAUAUCCAGUGUAAUAAAUUUCCAAAGUUUGUCCACAGCUCCAUAAGCUUUGCUGGAGAAGGCGGGAUUUAUGACCUAUACUGCACCAGGGUGUGCUGUUCUCGAAGUGGCUUCACCCAACAAGGAGGCAGACAGUGUCCCUUCUAUAUACAGUCUAUGGUUACUUUCUAUUACAUUACCCCAUGUUACCAUAACAUGACAACAUAAUCCUUAGGGAUAAGAUUUGAUAAGGUAUGACACAAUAUUAUUGGAAGGAUUACUUUGCCCAUCUGGUCUAGGAACAUGACGAUUCCUUGGAAGGAGCUGGAAAUCUUUGAAGGUGAAAGGACAUCAGGGGGAGCUCGAUUAAACAAGCAGCCAAUGCAUCUGAACCCUUAGAAGUGCAUAGACCUAAUACAUGUUUGAUUAUGAAAGCUGGUGCUUAACACAAAAUCAUCAGAAGAGACUGUUUUUGUUCUUCUGAUCUGUUCUUGGCUGAAGGCAGAGUGUUUGACUCAAAGCUACUUUUAUCUUCAGUCCUCAGCCAUGGCGUCAGAAUUUGUCCUCUUAACUCUGACAAUGUCUCUGAUAACUUCCUCAAACUUUCCUAGGCUGUAAUUAGCCGGUGUCGGGGCUUCCUUAGGAGACCGUUUGGUGGUGGUGGUUUUGGUGAUGGUGGUGGUGGGUUUGGUGGCACGCGGUCUCAGAGGGGUCUUAAGCUUUAAAGCUGUCUUAGCCUGACUAAUUUGUGCUUGUGUGUCUGUCAGACAUAUCAGAGAUGGAGUCCUACCAUUCCUACUCUCCGCCAGAGGAAAGGAGGUCCCGGCAGUCUGACCUGUCCUCACAUUCGUCCAAUGAGAGAGAGAACCAAAGGUAGGACGGAUGGAGGGUGAGGUUUUUUAUAUUCAGUCUCAAACUCUGAUUCAAAGUCAAUGGUGAUAAAAUCUAAGCAGAAUGUAUUUUGUGUGUUUCACAGGGAAGAACCCAUUAAAACAGCCAAGAUGGCCGCCAUGGCAUCCCCGUUCAGAAUACCUGAAGACCCCAAAGCCUCAGCUGACCCAGAAAAAGACAAACCUCCACAUACAGAGGAGCCUCAGGGUACACACUUACAUCGUCCUUUUAGCUCUGACUUGGUCUCCACUCCACUUUGAUUCUAGUUUUUUUAUGAGUUUCAUCCGUAUGGGACCUUUCAUUUGGUGUGACAGUUUUUUUAGCACUGGCUUUUUCAAUCUGGCUUAAAGCAUGAGAUCAUUUCCUAAAGUUUGCUGUGUAUUGACUUAAACUGGACCAACAUAUUUGCUAACAUUUAAGAUUUCUUAUUUCUUCUUUUUUUGUUUUAUCUACAGCUGCCACAUUAACCACACCAAAGAUUCUCCUCCGACCGAGUCCAGAAGAUGAAAAAAUUUACGGGCAAGUUUCUCUUUUAUUCUUCACACAACUUUUGGCUCUAAGUUUCCCUGUCAUACUAUUUAAGAAUUAAUUGUAUUCAUAGUAACUAGGGCUGUCGAAAGAUUAAAUUUUUCAAAAUUGCGAUUAAUCGCAGAAUCUUCAUAGUUAACUGCGAUUAAUCGUGGUUUGAAUUGCAUGUUUAAAACUAUUUUAUUUUGCAUCUCAAGGCAGUUUUAAGCCCAUGAUAUAAAGUAUUUCCUACCUCAGUCUUAAUUGGGAAUCAAAUCACAUUUCAACUAGAGCCACUUUAGCCAGUAACUUAAGCAUUUCUGUGAAAUUACUCAUAUUUGGUGGUAUGGCAGGAUCAGCUGAUAUACUGUGGGCAGAGCUUAACUAAAUUGAAAUCAACAUGGACUUGGAGCUGAAUACACAGAUGUGUAUCCGCACAAGUUAAACUUCAGUAGUCAAAAUGUACAACAGUACAAAAGAAUCUUUUUUACUCAAAUUUAAGAGUCAGAUUGUGUGAAAAUCACCCACAGUAGUAUCAUUGGAGUUAAUCUGACCAUAUUAUUCAUGUCAGCUUGAAUUUCUCUCCUCCAGGCCAAACACAAUAAUGGUGAACUUCCAGAAAGGAGACAGUGUUGGUCUGAGGCUGGCAGGAGGAAAUGAUGUCGGCAUCUUCAUCGCCAGUGUUCAGGAGGGCAGUCCUGCAGAAGAGGAGGGGCUGCAUGUCGGAGACCAAAUCCUAAAGGUACCAGAUUAAGACACGUUUUUCCAUUCAGGAAACAAGCCUGAGAGUCAAUUAUGAUGUGAAGGUUAAACUCCAAAAAAAGAUAACAUUGAACUAGCUGUGAUUUUUGUGCCUUUUGUGUUUUUCAGGUGAACAAUGUUGAUUUUCAAGGUGUGGUGAGAGAGGAGGCGGUGCUAUUCCUGUUAGAAAUUCCCAAAGGGGAAGUGAUCACCAUCCUGGCUCAGAGCAAACCUGACGGUAAACAUUUUAUCCACAGACUCCAAAAGAAACUGACCUGAAGUCAUGAGUUAAAUUUAUCACAUUCAUUCAGUCAACACCAGGCACACAGUUUGAUUUUGACUUAUUGUUUAAAAUGAACACUCAAUUAUCCUCUAGCAUUAUUAGGUCACGACUUCUCUUUGAACUUUAGUAAUUUAUUGAUUUAAAACUUCUGUAAUACUAGAACAUCUAACACUGAUUAACUCUUCUUGCUCUUCUUCUUCAUACACACACCUUUGGUUACACUGCAGACUUUAUUUCCAAGGCACUCUAUCCCAUGAUACAAACUAUAUUCAGGUUGUCUUUAGUUUACUUAACAAACGAUCACUGUUAUGUGCUUCUCUGUUUAACCUGAGGAGGAUUUGUUUUUAUUAUUUGUUAAUCAUUUGUUCCAAAGCUGUGCCUUUCCUGGAUUCCUGGAAAGUGGAUCAUCUCGUAUCAAAUCUGAUCAUUUCCUUUUUCCUCACAUAAUGUAAAAAAACAUAACCUAUGGUAUCAUGUUCCAUAAUAUUGUAUUGUAUUAAAUGGUAUUGUAUCGUAACAUAGAAAUUCAAUCAUAUGGUAUGCUAUUGUCUUUGAUUUUAUCUUAUUUUAGUGUAUUUUAUCAUAUCCUGUAGUAAGUUAUGGUAUGAUAUUGUUUCUAAAAAUUAAAAAAUUCAACCACAGUGUAUCAUAUCCUAAAAAUUAUAUCCCAUGGUAUUAUGUGGUGACGUAUUGUAUCUUAACUUGUUUCAUAUCAUUUUGUACUGUAAUAUAUUGUACUGUAUCAUGCCAAUCAAUUAAUCAAUCAAUCAGACUUUAUUUGUAUAACACUUGUCAUAUAGUAAGAUGUAGCACAAAGUGCUUUACAGAAAAUCACUAAAACCAUUAAAAAACAAAUCAUUUAAACGUUAAGAUGAUACAUGCACAUGUAGAUAUUCAUGUAUACACAAAGUACAAAUAAGUAAGACAUAAAUAAGACAAAACAGUACUUUAUCAAACUGUUAUUUGUAAAACACUCGACAUUUGUCGGGUCCUUAAAGACUUAAUACAUUUAGAAACCUUAUAACGUAAUGAUUUCUAUCAGUCUUGUCCUGCAGACUGUCUUCAGGGAGCUUCACUGAACUAUAUACUGACAGAUAUAAUAAAAUAACCUACUUAACACAAAGAGGCAUGAUAUUUCACCUUAUGUUGUGAAAAAAUGAAUUUCUGUAAUUUAGCAAAAACAGCUAAGAAGUUAGAAUAAGUUUAAAGUGACUUCUUCUCCAGUAGAUACAUCAUAUUCUUAUUUUCUUCUCCAACAGGAACCAAAGUGAUCAGAGCUGAGCUUUUGUUUCUUUCAGACUUUUUAACAAGUGCCACAAAUCAUCAAGUGACCAUCUGAGCUGGUGCUUAAAGGUUGGGCAGUGAUGAAAUGAGCUGUGACAGUCAGGCCAGAUGGAAAGUGUUAAUCAGAGCAAGAUUUAAAUGUACUCAGUCGUUCUUUUCCACAAAGUUUCUCCAGCUGUCACACUCGUACCCCAGGACUCCUGUCCCUCUCUCUCUCUCUCUCUCUUUCCCUAUGUCUGCCCCUCUCUAAUGUUUGGAUUUAAUGAGAGAGGUACCAGCUUGGUCCCCUGAAGGCCUUAAGGCCGGAUCAGGCUAGUUCUGGUUCAGCCAGCCAUGACACACAUGCAGCCACACAGACCCGUUCAAGAACACAUCGGGCGAGAGACAGUGACACAAACCGUGUUACGUAAUGAGCACAUCGGGCCCUACAGCCUGUGAUCUUUAUUUAAAAAGUCUAUUUAUGAAGCAAAAACACACGAAGCAAAGCACUGACCUGACACGAAAACUCAGUCAGUCGUCAUCGCCUGGUAGUGCUAAGGGGACAUUCGGGGUUAUCAGAGUGAGGUGGCGGGUCCUUAAAUAAAAUAAUGGCUGGAAUAGGAAAGGUCAAAGGUACAGCAGAAAAACUGGAGGGAUGACUGGAGGCCAGGGGGACAGUUAAAGGGGUCAACCUUGGAUCUGAUCAUCUGAAUAUGGUCAGGGUAGGAUUUUCAACAAGCAACCAGUGAAAAUUAAUAAAAAAGAUCAACAGCAGGAGUGCAAAGCAGGAGGCCGGAGACUGAAGGUCUGCAGGCAAGGUCGACUUGGAUCCAGGCUCAGCUGGCAGUGUGGGAAGCUAACAAAGCUCCAGCCAACUGGAGUGCAGACCAGUUACCUCCAGGCCAGAUUUCAGGCUGAGUGCUACCAGGUCACAUACCCAGCUGGAGGCUAGCAGGCUGGUGACUAGUGGGCCAGGGCAAAUUUAAAGGUCUCACAGAAUGAAGAACAGGUUUUCCCUGUCUACAUCAGUAAACUUUAUUUAUUCUCCAGUCUAGCAGCCCUGAGAAAGUUCCUGUAGCCCACACUGUGAAAAACACAGUCACUGUGUGGGGAUUUGAAUUUACUCUGUAGGUGACAACAACAGCAGUGAUCUACUUCGGCAUGCAUGCAAAACUACACCCAGGGUUCCUACACAGUUUGGAUUUCCAUACUUUUCCAUACCCUACUUUUUAGAAUUAUUAUAUUGUGUGGAAAUACCUACUUUACUAUUUUAGAAAACAGUAUUUUAGAACUGUGGUAAUCGUCUGGAGACAUGAAUAUUUUACCAUAGUUUAUUUUUUAUUUUCCAUACCUAUUAAGACCAGGAAAUUGAUUAAAUUUAUUUCCAUACUUUUCCAUACUUCCAUACUUCCAUAGAAACCCUGGACUCCCACUUUCUCUCCUCUAGCUUUCACUUUCUCUGCUGUUGUGGUUUUGUUUUGAUAUUGCAGAACCGAGAAGCCAAAGAUUGGAGCGAGACUCAACCAGUUGCUCUGUAGUUCAAUUAAUCAAUUCACAAAUCAGUCUUUAUAUAAAGAGCACCAAUUAAAAACAAAAGAUAUCAGAUGUUAUCUCAAGACUCUUUACAAGAAGAAAAGGACUAGACAUUGUUCUUUUUAUAUUACUUACCUUCACCCAAUAUCAAAAUACGAUUGUGUUUCCCCUUGAAAGAUUAGACCCACUCUUUUCAUCAUGAACAAAACAGCACAAAGAAAGGAGGAAACUAAAGGAGGAUAGACUCCCUUUAACAGGCAAAAACCCAGCCAAGACCGUUUAGGGAUAGAGGGAAAGUAGAAAAAAAAAGGAUGCUCAAGACAGACAACAACAGUUUGUACAGAGUCGUUGUCUUAAUCUCAGUAAUAAAGGUAUAAAUAUGUGAUCUAUUUACAGGACAGCAUAUUAAUCAUAAUAGAGUGAUCUUAAUAUUUAUGGCAGUUACAGUCAACAGGUCUAACAGUUGGAUCUGUCUGCGUUUCAUCCUGGCACUUCUCUAACAAUGAGGGAUGACCAAAUAAAGUUGCACUCAAAGAGCAAGAAAGUAGGGAUUCAAUAUUGGUGUGGGUUCCUCGUGAUCACUCACCUGCCUCUGCAGCCAUCCUCAUCAGUCAACACCAGUCCGCUCUGCCCCCUUAGAAAAAAUGUAGGCAGCCAAUCAGCACAGCUGUUGAUAAUGAGGUUAAAGUCUGAGAGGCUGCAGAUCCUACAGAGGCUGGAUUUGUGGUGUUUUCCACAACAGAACAGAUAAAAUCCCAUUAUAUACAACCUUUGGGAUAAAAAGUUUUACUUUUCACUUGCUUUUCAUGAUCUUUAUUCAGGAAAUGCAAAAGGUCAAACAGUCAUAAUGCAACUCAAGAGUGGUGCCAUGAGUAAUUGAUAGAAACAUGUUUUUCUUUAAAGGUCAAACAGGGGAAUCCUUUGUUUCUUGCAUGUGAUCAAAGUGUGUGUGUGAUGAAAGCUGACUGAAUGUGAGUGUGAGUGUGCAGCAGCAGAUUUUAGUCAGUGUGACUGUUGCCUCUGUUGGUCCUUUUGGGUCAGUGCUCUGUCGGACCUCACAUAUCAAGUCUAGAAGCCUCCCAGCAGCCCGGAGCAGACUGUACACUGUAUUACUAUGCAACAGUCACUUAGAUAUGUGCAUUUUGUUAUGAUUGUGCAAAGAAGACUGAAUAUUUUUAGCAGAGAAGUUCAUUCCUGACCUUUAAGAACCCUGCAUGUUAGACAUUAAUCACCAAAGUAGUCUUUUACAUCUUUCACUUGCUUUUCAUGAUCUUUAUUCAGGAAAUGCAAAAGGUCAAACAGUCAUAAUGCAACUCAAGAGUGGUGCCAUGAGUAAUUAUAAAUGGAGGGGUGGAAUCAAAUGUCUCAGAUUAGGACGUCAAAUUAAAUCAGAGCGGCUGAAAAUGAUGACAGAAACAGCUGUUGUAUUAAAACUUAUUCCUAAAGUGUUUAAUGUCCAGAUAAGAGCUGCCAGUAACAAUGUCAGAUUUUCACCUCAUGUUUAGGGUAAUAUUAUAAAUAGUUGUAAGAUGUACAACCCCAAAAUCAUGACAGUCAGGACUCAAGGACAGAAAUCAGUAGUUUGCAGUGGGUUCAGGCCCAGGGUAGAGAGCCUGUAGUUACAUAUAAAAUGCAUCUAUAUAUUUAAUAAAAAUACAGCAAUCCAACUUCUGUGUUUUAUUUUCACGACUUAAGACAGUAAGACCUCAUGUUUUAAAAGCAACGGCACUUAUUUGACUUCCUUUAUUAUGCCCCCAAACCACAUUAUAGCAAUAACAGGUAACUCAGACUUUUCACUUCAACUGUAGAGUCUCUUUGUAGCCUCUUUUACCUCCUCUUAUGGCACUUUUAUUAAAUUCCUCCUCUCUGGUCUCUCUCUGUUUUUUUUUUUUAGUGUAUAAUGAUAUUUUAGUCUCUGGGCGGGGGGACUCUUUCUUCAUCCGGACCCACUUUGAGUAUGAGAAAGAGACUCCCCAGAGCCUGGCCUUCACCCGCGGUGACAUCUUUAAAGUGGUGGACACCCUGUAUGAUGGCAAGCUCGGGAACUGGCUCGCCGUCCGUGUCGGGAAGGACAAGCAGCUGCUGGAGAAGGGGAUCAUACCCAACAAGAGCAGGUUGGAGCUUUUUUAGUUUCACCCUUGCUUUUAUUACGCAAUAUAUGUGGGAGUCGGGGCAACAGUUUUUUUUAUACUCCAAAUUAAAAAUGCUGCUUACAUGCUCACGUUAUGGAGCAGUGCUGACAUAAUAUCAGAAAUCUGUCCAUAGAGGGAUGCAUCUGUCUCAACUUGCGCUUUAUAUUUGUUCGAGUCUUAAGCAAAAUCAAACCUUUUGUAUAAAUUUGUGAUUAAGAUCUAAAAGAAGUCACAGUAUAAUGAAACAUAACAACCAACAAUUAUGUGCAAACUGGUAACAAGUGUGUUUUUAUCCUGUCAGGGCGGAGCAGAUGGCCAGCGUGCAGAGCUCUCACAAAGCUGUGGCCGGGGAUCGAGCAGACUUCUGGAGGUUGAGAGGUCAGCGCUCUUUGAAGCGGAAGGACCUGAAGAAGAGCAGAGAGACCCUGAGCAGUCAGACGCUCGCCACACGCUUCCCCGCGUAUGAGCGGGUGGUGCUCCGAGAAGGUGGGUGACACCACCUGCAGUUUUGUGAUGAAUGAGAAUCUGCUUAUCGGCUUUUGCUCUUCCUGAAUGGUUAAAUGUUAUAUGAUCACUCAGUUGCACUCCUUAUUGCAGUGAUUUAAUUCCUCCACAGAGAGACGUGCUGACUUUAUGACCUGUGCAGCCCACACAGGUUCUUAAGAUGGUAGCAAACCUGACACAUGGUGCAAUACAAGUUUAUUUAGACUGAGACGAUAGUGUAAGAUUGAGUGACUGGAAAAAAAAUGCAUGGAUUGAUUUGAGUCAACAUUUUAACAUGUAUGUACCAAAAAACUAGAUGUCCUGUAUAGUGAAGUUGGGGAUGUAAAUACCAUGUACAUCCUUAGAGUUAAGGUUUUUAGUCUUAUCUGUCAUUGGAGCUGGGUUUUUGUUCCUCGCUGUGCAUGCAUCAUGUAGUCAAGUGUCCCUUUUUUUUUUUUUUUUUACUGUGUUAGCAUCAUCCAAAACUCUGAUUUAAAAAAACAAAGCUUUGGACAUUCAACUCAGAUCAAUAUGCUUCAAGGUAAUAGUCACAUAAUCCUGUGGUGAACAUGACAUUCAUCCAUCCGUUGUUUAGAUCGGGAAAGUGACUGUUUUACAUCUUUACCUUUUCAUACGGUGCAGGUGUGCAUUGUUUUAAGAAGUGUGGGUGACCAAACUGCGUCACGGCUCUAAAGUUUGUCAUGGAAACUAGGACUUUUUAAUCACACUGUAAUCGCCGCAUAUCUUUGCAGUUAAAGAUAGUGAUGUGAUAGUUUUUUUCAGGGCAGCUAGAUCAGCUGUUGCUGUGGAAAAGAUGGACUGUAGAGGUGGAAACAAAGCUGGUCGUGUGGCAUCUGUACAGCUUAUUUAACUUCACCUUUGCAUAUAAUGGAAACAGCCACUCGGUUACAGAGUGCCUCGCUUUUUAUGAGAGCAAAAACUUGUCCACACUUCAAACUUGAAACCAGAAGGCUUGAUAGUCUCUUGUCCGUCUUGCUCUAUCUAUUGUUAUCAUUCUGGUAGUGCUGAAGCAUAAACAGGAUAAUGAACACAGUGCACAGUUCAGAUUUCCUUUUCUUUAAAAGUGCAGAUUUAGAGUCUCUCAGUAUCAGUAAAGUCAAUGAUUUACUUUGUAAGAUAAUUAUGUAUAAGUUCGGACAGAUUGUUGGACUUCAAUUUGUAGAAAACUAUAUUAUUUCCCCUCUUACUUUGGAUUGAUUUGUGUGAUUUUGUGUGAGCAGUGGAGCUAAUCCGAGUUGGAUAUUUUAUCCUUUGCCUCUUUUUCUUCUUUGAGUCUAAACUAACUUUACAUUUUUUGUGUAUGUGCCACUGUUAGCAGCAUUGUAAUCACCGUUAUGUUUUUGUAUUUGUUGUUGCAGCUGGUUUCAGACGUCCUGUUGUUCUGUUUGGUCCCAUCGCUGAUGCUGCUAACGAGAAACUGGCCUCUGAGAUGCCCGACCUCUUUGUUAUUGCCAGUGAGUCUCUGUCUGUCUUUUUCUGCAUAUACAGUUUAUGUGUAAAAAUGAACAGAAGUUCUCCUACAGUUUUUUAACUGUUUGUUUUUAACAAUAGAAACUGAGCCAAAAGACGCUGGCUCUGAGAAGUCCUCAGGAGUGGUCCGCCUAAACACCAUCAGACAAAUCAUCGAGCAGGUACAAACACAGAAAAUAUCACCCCAGGUUAUGUCCCAGUUUUUCAUUUUAUAAAGUUAAAGUUUACCAAUUUGUUGAAAUGUUAGGCUUUUACCAACCAGCUAUUUUAACAGACAACUCACAAACAUUAAUCAUUGACUCAGAGGGUUGAAAAAGUAGGCUUAUUUAUCCAUGAACAAUCUAAGGGAUCAGAUUAUGUGAGAAACUAGAGAAUAAAGUCCGAUUAAAGGAGUAUUUGAUAACGACCUUUCCUCCCACAGGACAAACACGCCCUGCUGGAUGUGACACCCAAAGCUGUGGACACCCUGAACUACACUCAGUGGUACCCAAUCGUCAUCUUCUUCAACCCCGACAGCAAACACGGCAUCAAGGCGAUCAGACAGAGGAUCGCCCCCAACUCCAACCGCAGCGCUCGCAAACUGUACGAGCAGGCCGUCAAGCUGAGGAAGACCUGCUCACACCUGUUCACUGGUAAAAAAAUAAAUAAAUACAUACAUACACACACAAACAUUCACUUAGAGUGUUUUCUGUUAUCUGAGUGUGUUUGCUGAAGAUUGAUGGUUUUUGUUUUCCAGCCUCGAUCGACCUGAACUCAGCCAAUGAUGCCUGGUACGGCAGCGUCAAAGACUCCAUCAGAGAACAGCAGAUGCAGGCGGUGUGGGUCUCUGACGGCAAGGUAAACACACAAAUGAAUACACACUUUGGUUUCACACACACAGCCUCUACUGGUCAGAGAUAGCCGGGUCCAAGAUCAAAACUUUUUCAUGACCUUAAACAACAACAGAUCAAAAAGGCUCUACUUGUUUCUAUGCUGGUCUGACUGGUACCCAAAUCACAAUAUGCUGUUUCAAUUCGGGAUUAAAUGUGCCAACAGGAGGUCUGUUUGGGUCUACAAACAGAGAUAUACCUCUGCUUUUAAAUAAUUUACAAAAGUGGAUUUAAAGGGAUAUUUCGGCGUUUAUUUGAGUUAUGGUCAAACACACCGUAACACCGAGUUAGACAUCCCCCCAAGAGAUGAAUGUUGCCGAUCGCUUGCUUCUCUAGUUAUACCAACAUCAUUUACAGCGGCACAAUAGCAAUACACAGCAGUCUACGUCUCCACUCGCAAACCGCAACCAAAAAGCCACUCUAUAGCCACAAAUAAUGCUCAGAACAGCACCUAACUUCAUCAACAGUACAUAUAGGGUCCCAACCAUCAAACAUCGUUUUUAGCUUUGCCUGGUUUCUUAAGCAAAGAGACCAAACAAAACUCACCCACUCUGCUCCAGCAGCCACUUGUUUGUAGGGGGAACCCGGGCGAGUCGAUCACCGAGUGCAGUGGAUCAUUUCCGUGAAGUAGCAUCUCGGUCUGACUGGAUUUCCAUAUAUUAAUAUGUCCAUAUAUAUAAAUGUUCUUCCUUGAGCUGCGAAACUCCGCUGCACUCUGUGAUCGACUCGUCAGGGCUCCCCCACAAACACAACUCGGUGUUACGGUGUGUUUGACAUUAACUUAAAUUUAUGCCGGAAUAUCCCUUUAACAGAAGUUCCAGGUUUUGCUCAUGUUUUUUUAUGUCUUUAUGUCCACAUGGAGAAUCAACUAAAAACCUGAGCCUUUAUGACGAGCAGGAUAAUAGAUCUGUGCCAAGCUCUGUAGAGUGUCUCUAAGUAUCUGUAUCAAUAAGCAGUGUUGGUUUUUAUGAAACUCUUACAAAAUCCAUCUUUGGGUUUCAGCACCUGUUGCAGUAGAUUUUGGCUUCACUUUUGUAUAACAGGAAUGGAUUGAGAAGCAUGUAGUAAAAGACAGGGAGCUGAAUGCUAACUUUUUAACAAUAAACAUAAACACUGAAGGUGAUAUCUUCACCUGCACACAGAGGAUUUUCAGAGGGACUAAUGUAAGCUGUUUGAGUGUAGCUCUCAGUGUGUAACUUAGUUCUUCCUAGUUCAGUCUACAGUGAAGUAACUGCCCCUCUAUGUACCUGUCCCUGUAGCAGCCACCUGUGUGCACUCUGAGCAUGCUCACUGUGUGUCUCUUUACUUCCUGUCAGUAGUGCUCUACAGCUCGGCUCUGUUUGUCUUUCUUUCUUCUCUCUUGUUCUCGUGCUAUCCGUCUGUCCAUCCUUCCUGCCUGUACACCCAAGAUCCACCAUGUGUCUCUUCUAGCUGGAGGGAGUAGAGACUGAUCUGGACUGCCAGGACGUUGAGCGUCUGUCCUACCUGUCUGCCAUGUCUGCUGACUACCUAAGUAUGGACAGCCGGCUGACCUCGGACCUGGACGACACCCCGGACGAGGGCGGAACCUACACUGAUAAUGAGCAUGACGCUGAGAUGAUGCAUAUAUCCGCCAUCAGCCGCUCGUCUGAACCGGUCUCAGCCGAGGAGGUCAGAAACACACAGACGAAAUGCGUAGUUCAACACAACUUUUGUUGGCCUACUAAAAAAAAUACAAACUGCAGACAAAUACAGCUAUCAGGGGCUGUUACCUGUGCUAAUUACUUAAAUUUAACCUUGUGAGUCCAGAUAUAAAACCAAUAGGUCUUGGAUCAGCUCAAGGGCAGAUUGAGGUGGUGAGAAAUAAUUGGUGCCCCUGGUUUUAUUACUUCUCUCAGUAGAAAUUUUACCAAAAUUUUUCUAGAAAUCAAUCAAAUGUUUACAGUUUAAGAAAACAUAAUGACUGUAGUCUAGGGCUUUUUAUUACAACUCUUUUAAAGUUUUCUAAGUCUUCAUGUUUCGAAAAGCGUUUUGUUUUUGAAAACCUACAACUGAUCAUUUUUUUAAUAAUAUAACUUUCUUUUCCACCACUGACUGACCCGUCUUCUGUGCUGUGUAUGUGUGUAGAUCUUGCGCAGGUACAGUCCAGACAUCAGGAGUCGAAUGAGGAAAAUCAGCAGCCAUGAAUUCUUGAGCAGGUCGAGUCCUCCACCUGUCUUCUUAACAGAGAAGGUGAGACACAGUAACUGUGAACAUUGUCCUGACGACUCUGUCGACCAGCAGUGAUUUCUUCAUUCAAGAACCUUUAUUCUGUUUCUGUAUUAUUUCAGAGAUAUUAGAAAAAAACAUUUAAAAUGGAUCACACAAUAAUUUCAUACAGUUUAGAUAAAAGACUAUCAGUCAAGAGUCAGGUCUGCACUAAAAAUAACAAGUUGUUUGUCACACAAAAUGUCUGUAAGAGCUCGUUAUUCUCAAAUGUUUGACCUUGGGUGACUUUAUUUUAAAGAAAUCGCAGUAAGUACCUGUAGUAACUCUCACCUGCACAUCCUCCCCCCGGCAGUUUCUUUCCUCCAUCCAGAGGAACAAACUGUCCUUUCCUUUGAGGAACGGCCUGACGCGGAGAAACCCGUCUAACUGCAGCUCAGAUUCUUCCAACAGCAGCUCACUGGACCGCAUGGGUACCCACAAUCCCCCUCUGUAGCUGGUGCAGGGUGGUGGGCGUUACAGCCGUGGUGACAGAGUUCAAGUUUUCACUCCAGCAAUCACAGCAGCUGAAUAAAACAAUAUGUCACUAUUAAGAGAAUGAUAUUUGAACGGCUGCUGUUCAGCUGGAGUGAAAACUUCUUCUUGUGCUUUCCUCUCUUAGAUGGUACCUUUAAAAUCCGAUCCACAGAUCUAUAUUUGUUAGUUUAGCCUCAAAUGACCCUUAAAUGAUUUCCUUUCCCGAGUUUUAAUACACCUGGUAGUUUUUAUAUUAGUUAAACCAAAUACAGACCCGUUAGCCUUUAUGUACCCAACUAGAAAUGGAUCCUUCAGUGUUCAUAGUUUAUGAUAAUGUAGAAAAUGUGCAUUUUAUAUAAAAGGAUUCUUCUACAAAAACAGUUACAACACAUUUUUAUAAGAGGAUCUGUUGAAGAACUGAUAGCCUAGUGAUGUACUGUAGAUGCACCCACGUUUACAGACAGCCAGGGUUUACAUCCACCCUGUGGCCUCUUUCCUGCAUGUCUGUCCCCACUCCGUCCACUGUCUUCUAUCUCUUAAGAAAGGCCAAAACAAAAAAUAAAUGAAUCUUUAUAAAUACUGGAUCUGCUUUUGCUUUCCUUGUUCUCCACAGGCUCUGAGGAGAAUUUCAAGGAACUUAUAACUCUAAGUAAAUAAUGUAAUGGUGACUUUUCAUGAAGCUUCAUGCAAACAACGUCAAAGUGAUUAAGAGUUUCAGGGCCAAGGGUUAGGAAAAGAUGGGGUCUUUUUGUGAUGCAUAAACUUUUUAAUUGAGAAUGAAAGAGAUACAAAGAGCCAGACAGCAAGUCUUCACCAGACAGUGACCUCAAGACAUGUCUUUACUCCUCAACUUCAACUUUAGUCUCUAAAUUCGAACUUGUUUCUCAACAUGUUCACCGUUUUCUGCAGCUGCAUACUAAAAAAAAUCUCCUAGGCAGAGCAGACAACAGCCACAGUUAGGGUUGUAAAGCUACGUUUAAUGUUCAGUUGACUAAAACAGUGAUGUCAAAAGUGCACGAAUGCUCAUAUAUUCCUUAUCUUAACCUGAAGCUGUCACUUUCACCGACGGACACAGUUUAUUCUUCUAUCUGUUCAUUCGUUAGCAUUUUUUCAUGUUCUGAUUUCCACCUGGUGUUUCAGCCUCUGGGAGAGUUGAGAGUUUCAUUGAUUUACCUUCUCACUUUCACUGUUUGUUGUCGUCAUGAAUAUAGAAAGAAUAAAAUUAUGGUUUUGAGCCUCGGUGCUGCUCAGAUUUGGACAUCAUGAGUGUUCACUGAGAUUUGUAGGUAUUUUUUAGAUCUGUUUUUUUUUCCACAAACCACCAGAAACUUCACUCUCUAAUUCCUGCCUCUGACUCUUCCAUUCCUUGUUCAGGUAAAGCUUUCUUUAAGGGACACGUCUGUCCUCGUGUCCGGUUCCACCAGCCUACACCAUCACCACCGUCAACACCACCCUCCACCCCCCAGCUGCAGCAGGAGUUAUGAGUCCCCCUCCAGCAGCAGCCCUGCCAGCAGCAACAACGACCCUCCACCCCCGAUCUCCCGUUCAACGGGUUUCUGCGGACCACCACCUCCACCUCCGCUCCACCACUUCAGCCCCAACAGCAUCAUGAGGCCGCUGGGGGCUCCUCAGCCCCCACCUGCACCCAAACCUCCCAGCAGCGCCGAGAGCAUGGAGAAAGCAGUGGUUCAGCUCCCUGCUUUGCCUUGUGCGGGUGUAGCAGCCUCCAGACAGCUGGAGGAGGUGGCGGAAGACAGCCCGGUGGAGGAUCCAUCCAUGAGGACCUUUCUGGGGAAGAUUAAAGCUUUUGAGAAAAUGGAUCACUUCGCCAGAGCACAGAGGAUUCUGGAGGUGCAGGAGGCACAAAGUGCCAGGGUGAGUGUGACUCAGACUGAAGUCAGACCCCACGGUCCUUCUGUCUGUUACGAUAGUCAAAGUGUCAGAUCAGACAAUGACAGAGACUGAAAUUCAUGACAUGAUUUGACAGACUACGAGGUAAUACCUAACCAAUCAUCAGGACCUGAUGAUGUUGUCCGGCAGAGAAGUGAAGCUAGACAAUACCUGGAGAUGCAAACAGCAGUUUUUCACCAGGUCACUAAAGCGUGUCCGCUGUUUCUGUCAACAUUUUCUCCUUUUAGUCGCCCGUAGAUGUUUCUUGAAACACGUCAUAAAGGCAGGGAUGGUGUCAUCAGAGCUCAAAAAACCUUUUCUGCUGUCUCAUAGUUUCAUCUCACAACAUCAACUUCAUCCGUCUUCUUCCACUUCGUCAUUUUGUUUGUGACUUCUGUACUCUUGUUGGUCACAUCACUGUGAUAGUUAGAAAAUAAACCCUGGAUUUUUUGUCAGGAGGUAGUGAGGCAUCCAAAAUAAGGUCUUCAAAACUGGCCGUGUUAUUUACCAGCAGUAAUUAAUAGUCUUCAUGUUCAACUUUGAUUUCUAAGCAUUAACACUCUGUAUUUAUCAGGUCAUAUAAAAAGUUUGAAUCAUUUUGAGGACCAAGAUGUGAGUGAAUGAUUAAGUGGUGUGAAAAACACAGAAGAAAUACUCAGGAAGAGCUUUAAUUGAAUUGAAUUUUAGUUGAAAAGUUUUGGGUUUUAUUUUGCUUCAUAGAUUUUGAGAUUUUAUGAUGAGUUUCAAAAUAGAAAAAGAUGCUGUUGUUUUUCUUUGACUAUACCUCCAUCUUCAUUGUUAUUUAUUGUUCCCAUAUGUAUCCAUUUGCUCUCUAAAUGAUAUUAUGAUAACAUGAUUUCAUAGACCAACAUUAGAUUCAGUUAAAUCACUUCAGCAGUGGACGAGUACAUAUCUCCCCCCAAAUCAAAUAUCAUAUAUUGAGUAAUUCAUCCACGACAGAAGAUUCAGAUCAAGAUAUUGGUCCUGGAUUUGGUUAAAUAAAUGGAUGGAUUUAUAAGAUAACAUACACUUUUAAGUAUAAAUGAAUGUAGUUUUAGUAUUUGGUGCGAGAGUGAGCCACAAAACGGAGAAGUGAACACCUAAACCCAGCACCAAGUAGGAAAAUCUCACUGACCGCCAGACAUUUCAUAGUGAUCAUGAGGAAAGACUUUGUUUCUGACCCAAAAUUGCAUAUUGGUUUAAACUCCAGUCAUAAUUUUCCGCUCUCUGUUCCCAGUUGGAAAUUGCUCAGAAGCAUCCAGACAUCUAUGCUGUUCCUGUGAAGACAGCCAAGCUGGAUCACAGUCGUCCUCAGCCUAUCGGGUAGGCUCACUACUGCCAUACGACCGUUUCCGAGCUUCGCUGUGAGUGUUCGACCAAGUGUUUGUGUGUCUGUCUGCAGUGCUAACAACACAUUAAAGAUAGAGCUGUAACAAGGGCGGUGUUCUUCCACAGAAAAUGAGGACACAUUUAGAGUGUUAACAGCCAGCAAAUUACUUCCAAGUGUUUAUUUUUAGGUUUACAAUCUAAAGGAUUCAAUCUGACUAACUCGAAAGCUACAGCAGUUAGUUAGUUUAGUUCAAGCUUACAAUCAGCUCUCAUUUAUAGUUACUUUGUCUGAAAUAAAACAGAAUAAUGAUGAUACAAGAAUUAUGGUUAAAAGAUAUGACUCCUUAAAACAAGUCCUUAAAGAAAAUUAAAACAACAGUAUUAUAUACAUGUUCAUUAGUAACAUUGUAUAUAAAGAAAAAACGAACAUAUAGCAUAUAAAGAAGUUAAGUUGCAUUACAUGAAACAAUCCUCGGCAGUUAGUGAAAGGUAUAGUAAUAUGGCAACUGACCCUAACCCCUACAGCAAUAUACUAGUAAUGAUACAGCAUAUUGCAACAGUAACCCAGAACAGCAAUUUAUGUAGGCAGAAAAGACUAAAAUCAGACAUACAACAUGUAAACAGUUUGAAAAUAAGCAUACAGGUGUGUUAAAGUAUUGACAUAACUUGUGUAGUGUUAGAUCAGCAGCUACAAAGUGAAGCUCAGCCUGCAGUACACCAGCUGAUUUUAACACCCUCAAGUUCAGCCAAUUACAUUUUACACAUACAAUAAGUCAAUGUGAAAAUGAGUGUUGUAGUUAAACUGCUUUGGCUUACUCUUCCUGCUUUCUCUGCGGCUAUGCAACCCGCCUCCAUCCUAACUCCUCCUCUUUAUGUUACCAGCAUCAUAUGUAUUGUCCCUGAUGCCCAGGGUUCUUUGCUGCUGCUCUUCCUGCCUUGGCUUUUCAUGUACACACAUGAAACAGAGGGAAGGUGUUCUCUCUCUGUGCCUCAUGCUUUGGAGUUCCACAUACAUACGGCACUCUCAGAUCAGAACCAUAUUACCAAAUAAAACUUAUAUAGAUAAUUCAUACUCUUUGGACAAAGUGGUCCUGAUUGAAUCAGCAUCAAACGUAAUAUGCAAAAGUUGUGGUGGAUAAAAACACCACUUAGGUAUCAGUUUUAAGUAUAUUCACAGCUUGAACUGUAUGAUAGAAGAGGUGGUAGCCUUUUCCUUCAUACAGUUAUAUUUGUGUUGGGAGCAACCCAAUGAUUUGCAAAAAGCACUCCAAUUAAAUCAAACUCAAGGCUGUCACAAUACCAGAGUUUUCAUUUUUCAUAUUUAUGUCAGCAAAAUGACCUGCACAUUGAUCGAAAACUUGAAAAGAAAAAACUCUAAUGUCUCAAAGUUAGCUGACCUGAAUCCCUGGUUUUCUUUCACUUCCUAGACAAUGUCUGACAAACAACUGCAUGAAAAGAUCUCCAACAUUAUAAUAACUUUGCCAUAAUAAGGCAGUAACUUGAGGUUACAUUUCCUGUCUGGAAGGUAGCAAACCAACUACACAUUACCCUUUCUGUUGUGAUGGAAUCAGCAGAAUGAUGGAGACAAUGGAUGGUGAACAGAUUGGUGGUGAUAACUCAAAUUGAGAUUGGCACAACAUGUAAAUUGGACUUUAUUAUCUAAUGGAUGACUCUGCCCACUUCUUAUGCAUAGUCUAUGGUUUAUCAAAGUGUGUUUUUGAAGUGCUAUGCAAGAGGUAAAGGUAUGAUAUCCCUUUUCCUACCAAUCUAUCAGUUCAUGAAUGUUUGCACACCUCUUUCUAGACUCCAUCUCUUAGAUUUCCCUGCAUCAGAGUAAAUGACCAAUUUGCUCAAACUCUCAGUCUACAAAUUCCAUCAGGACUGCGUGUGGCUAACAUAUUUUGUCUCCUUGCAGCUCCAGCUCUCACUCUGACCCUCAGACUCCUCCCCCUCCCCUUCCCAAAGAUGGGGGUCCUUUCUACCGGAGUGAAAAGGAGCGAGAGGAGGGCACGGGAUACUUCAAUGCCAACUCCUACCAGUACCAGGACACUGAACUGUAGGAUAGCUGAGCCUGUUCUCAGCCUCCUGGACAAACAUGUACACAUGCACUGCACAUGAAGUCUGUUCACACACUAACCAUUCCAUCACGUCUGCACAAGUACGCUGCUGACUUUGAACUGACUUUUGCUUCUUUAAAAUUGAUUUGAAAAAAAAAAAUUUUGAUUUAUUUUUUUGCUUCAAGGAAGUCAAAGUGAUCUGUGCUAUCCGACUGGAUGAGAACACACUGUCUACGCUUUACGUUUGUGUUGAAUAUGAGUGAUUCUUUUUAUGUACCACUUUAAAUGGUCCAAACUGAGUGACUAUGAAACCACUUGUUUUCUUGCCUAUGCAACUUUUCAGUUUGUGCACAGCAACUGAAACCUUUUGCCACGAGUUCUGUCCUCACAAAAACCUCAACAAAUCCAAAAACCCACAAAGCGCUUUAUCACAUCCCCCCUUCUUUUUAAGCUCCUAAUAUGAUCAACAAAGGUUACAUAUAUAUUCUAUUAUACAGCAUAUAUAUAUAUAUAUAUUAUAUAUCUAAAGUCAAGUGUUUAUACUCUGUCUUUGCAUUCCUACGUAUAUAUGACAAUGCAGUAUAUAUCUAUAUAUAUAUACAUAUAUAUUCUAUCUUGUAACUCUGGAAUUUGUUACAAUUUUUUGAAGUGCCUUUUCCUUUUGUUAUUCCCAUGAGGUUUGGGUUGUCUUUCCUCCGCCCCUCAGCCGCCCAGCCAUACUGAAACCUCUGCUGCUGUCAAGCUUAAAGGGAAACCAGGGAACCAGAGACACCGAAACCUUAAUGCUGUCUCCUCACACUGUACUGUCUGCAGAAAACGCACCCACGAAAAUACAGUCCACACCCUGCAGUCUGUCCCAUCUGCCAUGUGUAAGAAAGCCAUGUCUGAUAUUAAGUUAAGAUGCCCAGUCACUCCAGCAAUAAAACCUUCAGAAUUUGUUGCAAUAAUGAUUUACUUUUAAAGGAUUUAGUCCGGUUAAUGAAGGUGAAGUUAAUCUGCACAAAACACUCGAUUUCACUGUAAUCAAACAUCACAUCGAGGGGCAAGUUCAUGAAGAGUGGAUUUCACCUGCUUUAUUUUGUUUAAAAAAGGUGGACUUUUAAAAUACAUGCAAACAUGUUGGACAUAAAUCGCACUGAGUCAGAUUCCUCAAAUUUGAACAUACCUGGAUAGUUUGGUUGGGAUUCAUUUUUCUCCGUCAAACUGGCCUAAGCCUUCUGCACAUGCUUCACAAUCUCCACAAUUUGCACACCAGCCAUUUCACCCAAAAUCACACAAAUGUAUGGAAGGAAGCGGGAUAGUUUACAAAACCUCAACAGAAGAGGGCAAAGGUAAACAACAGAUCAUGAUCCUAUGAAAGGUGCAGAGCUGUAAAGAUGUUCAAGGGUAACAAGUAAUAUGUCACCUGAAAGAGGGUCCAGUGGUCGCUGAAAAUGGGGCUGUAGUGAAGGUGGAUCCAUGUCAAUAAAUUGAUUCUUACCCAGUACUUGUAGGAACAACUGUCCAGUUAAAUCAUCCAAUGGAACUGUAACUGUAGCUUUGUGCAUGUUAACACGCUGAAUGUCCACUUCACAAAGCAUAUUGCAUAAUGAUACUGAAUUGCAAACACCUCCUUCAAGUUGUCCUCUUCUCAUGUUUUGCGUGUAAUUACUGAGAGGACCUGUGAGCAUCCUCACUCUCUGCUGGGCGGAGAUGAGAGCGGACACUUAUAUCCUCACUGUGAAGUCCAAUCUUGACAGAGGUCUCCCUGGGCUGAGCCGGUGUCUGAUUAAUUUUUGCAGGUGACCCAAACCAAACAUCGGACAUCGAAGAGACGUGCAAAUCAAGUCAGUAUUGGGUCGAUCCAUUAAAAACCACACCUAGACGUCAGUGCUACGUGCAAAAUAGGUUAGAAAUUUCGACGUCCAAAUUGGACCUUUUUUAGACGUCGCUCUGACGUAUAGAAUUUGGACGUCAUCUGAGGAUCAAAUCUAGACGUUGGCACAACAUGCAAAAUGGAUCCAAGAUUUAGACGUCAGUAUUGGACCUCUUUUAGACAUUGACAUGACGUCAACAUUUGUACCUCAUCGCCGAAAAUAUGCAUUAAAUAGAUGUCAUUUUGACGUUGCAUUGCGCAGUCAUGGUAACUGGACAUAAACUGCAGCAGAGUUCCCACCAGCUCUACAAAAACAAAAAGUUUCACUCUACCUGACUCUGGCUGUUGGCUGUUGACCAGCAUUGAAAAACAAUAUCACUGUUUAUUUACGGUGUACUGUCUUUUAAUAUAACACCAUCAAAAGUCAGCAGCACAGUGGUUAAGAUAAACUUUCUCAAAACCUGAAGUCUGAAUAUAGAAGUUCAGAUAAUGAUGUCAGUGUUUGCCAAAACUUUUUGCUGUCCGCAGAAAAAAACAAAUUUAAUAUCUUCACUCAGUAUUGACAUUUUAUUUUAUUUCAUGCUUAGUGUUCACUGCUGGGAUGUUACUGCUCUUGAACCCCCACUUAAAGAUAAUCCGUCAGUUUUAUACUACAUCUGCACUGAUGUAGUUUGUCUUCAUCUGUUAAUUUCCUGCAGAUGGCAUCAUCCUCCAUCUCUUAAGUCAGGGUAACUAUCACUGCCUAUGCCAACAAUCCUUCCGAGGACAGGUUGACUAUUUUUCUUAGUGGAUUGGAUUGACUAAACUUUAAGUGUGUGUGUCAAAAGUAGGGUGGCCUCUCACUGUUACCCUCAAAGUACCACAUGUUUAUGAACACAAGCAUGAAGGCUGUAUAAUCAAAACACAGCUCAUGUAUUUCCACUGAAACACUAAACUUUCAACACCUUGGAUACAAAGAGCACAGCUUUUUAGGGGGACGCUUUUUUAGUUCACCUUUCAACACCAUGGACACCAUAUUUGUAGUUUUUUUUUGUUGCAGAGUUUUAAACAAAGGAGUGGGCUCAUUAUAUACUAUUAGACUGAUUUGACAUAGCAAACAAGUGUUUGCGUACUCACACCGAACUGAUGACAUUUUGAGAAAAACUCAGUAGCAUACGGCUAAAUGCUUGUGACUUAAAGGCUUAUACAAGACUAGUGCUGCACAUUUCUCUUUAUGUCUCUCAUUAGGACCCUAAUUCAACAAUAUUAACAAUGUUGAAAAAAGGGUUAAGACUUAACAGAGUUCAAAACUAAAAGAUGUUAUUAAAAAUAUAUGCUUAUUUCAAAUUUGAUCUAAACAGCAGGUUUUUUAAUUGUUCCCGUCACAACCAAAAGUGAGGUCAGAGACAACAAAACACUGAUUUAAAAAAAAAAAAACACCUGGAGAAACAUCUCCCAACUCAUAAGGUUUAUUUGUAACAGGAUAGCAACAUGACUGGGAAUAAAAAAAAAAGGCAAAAAAAAAAUAUAAGAAAGGGUUCACCAAUCUGUGAGAGAAUGUGAAGGCAUAUAACUCAGCAAUCUCAGACUAAUGCUCAAGAGUAGAGUUGAAUUUGAGGAUGACCAGAUGACUGAAAAACUGUAGACACUCUGGUCCUGAGCCCAUUUAAAAUAGAAUACAAAAAAGUGUGAAACUGACUUGUGGUUUGAAAUUGCUUUACAGUAUCCCUGCUCUAAAGAGAGAAGGGACCACCAGCAUUGUUAUGAGUGCACACAUAAUAUUAACACUGAGCAUCUCUGACGGUAUAAGGAUGCAUAGGUGCCCAUGCAGAGGUAGCUUACACAUCUGGGUAGGCUAAUAUAUGUAAUAUAAUAAGAGCAUGGCUCUGUGGUCCAAGAGUCCACCUGCAGUCCUGACUUGAAGCCCAUUGAAAACAAAUGAAAUGAAAAGAAUCCAGCUGUUGAGCAUCUAAACUCCUAUUUCAGACAAGAACGGGACAACAUUUCACUUUUAAAACCCCAGAAAUGGGUCUCUUGAAACUGUGCAUCACAUUUAGAAUGAGUAUAUAUUUUUCAAUAAACCGUAAUUUUUUUUAUUUAGUUUGCCCCUGCACAAUUUUUGAGAAAAACUGGUACAAUAAAAUAGUCUGGUGAUAGUUGUUGGGUUUUUAGAUACUAAGCUUGAAACUGUCUGCUCACUGAAUUAAAAAGCCUUAUUUAUUCUCCCUCUGUGCCAUAGCUCUCCAUUUAUGUCCAAAAAUUAACUCAUUUAUAGUUAAAAGACCACUUAAUAUGUAUUAUACUCCUGCUGGAAAUAACCUCCUAUGCUGCUGUUUGAGUGUCCCUCUGUUUCUGAAACUACAAAACCCUUUUUAAAAUUAAUAACGUGUAUUUUUUCAGCCUUUAUAAGUCCUUCGGAAACACCAGAAAGAAUUGAGAAACAGACAUUGUUGGUUUUGGUCUUUUGGUGGAGUUUUGGUGUUGAGCCUGGACUUUGAAACAGAAAUCCUGGUCAAGACAUAAAGAUCUAUAGAGCAGGAUGCAUUUGAAGGCCUUCAUCAUGUCAUUUCAUUACGAGAUAUCCCCUGACCAGUUAUCACAGUAAGCUUUCAGAGCCCCUUUAGUGAGGUUUGAUAAGCGUUGUCUGACUCCCAUUUUUAUAAGCUUUGUCAUUACAGGAAGACAUAGCUUCCUCUAAUAAUCUGAAUAAACUGCAGACAGAAAACGUCCUUUAUCUUGCAGACAUAGAGAACAGUGAGAGUAAAAUCCUGAAUAAGCUGGCUGAAUCAUUUUUGUGUUAAAUCAUUCAUAGAGAGGAUUAAACAGAAGAACCUGUUACAGCCCCCAGAGAAGUAGUCCCAGUUUUAUGUGGGACUCUCUCGGGGUCUUGGUGGAGGGCGCGGCUCUCUGUCACUAUCAGUGUGAAUCAGUUGUGUCUCACAUAUUUUGAAUAUACUUGAUUGUAUUUCUCAGUUCACUCUUUACCUCCACACAUGAUCUACAAAGUGCUGGCUGACGUCCUUAGCAGGGACUGUCGCUUCACUCCUGUACUGAGUUAUGGCUGAGGGUUGUAUUUCAAAUGAGAAUGAGGAAUGAUUGGUCUGUUUCUGCUGAGUUUUUUCCAUGUUUUCACCUUAAAACACCAAAUAAAACUUAAAUCUUAACCACAUGUUUUGGA